AUGACGCGUUGCGGUUACGGUAAGGUUACCUUGCCUCUAAAUGAUGUUUUUUCAUGACAAAACAUCCGAAAAUUAUUCUCAGGUAGAAGUGGUCUUAAGAGGUCCUUUAUAUUUUAGUGCCGGUUGUUACAGCGAAUCAUGACCUAUUUGCAUUUAUUUAACCCAAAGCAAAUCUCUUAAUGUUUUCUAGCGUAUGCGUCGCAAGGGCAUGGUCAGAGCACCACAAUAAUAAGACUGCAUUUCGUAUUUGUUUUAUUUGAACCAGACUGGGACAAAAUCGGUGACCUCAGUGGGAUUCGAACCUACGAUAGCAGGGGGAAGGCUUGCGUAGGAAAAGACAGAGUUUAUCAUAAUGAAGGGUUUGUUGUAUACGAAACCCUGAAUUGCCCUCUAGGGUAACAGUGGCUACUGGCGAGGCCAGAGCAGAUGCUGACGAUGUAAGGUCGUGCCUGAGAGAGGGAGAGAGACAGAAAGUGGAACAAGUGGAUUUUCGGAGCAAGUUCAUGUGUUGUCCAAUCGGAGUGUGCUGCAUUCUCUUAGUGUAUCAAGUGGUUUAGGGUAUAUUCACUGAGGGGGAAGGGUGUGUUGAUUUGGUGUAUGGGUGGCUGGGAAGAUGUGGACGGACGCGUUACUAAGAUAAACAGAAAAGAUUGAGGGAAGGUCCACCAUAUUAUGUAUAUGCAUAUAUCAUAUAUAUGUCAAAUAGGUAUCAUAUUAUAUCAUAUAUCAUACACCAUAUCAUAUAUAUGCCAUAUGUAUAUAUUUAGGAAGAUGGAAUUCCUUGGAAAACAGUAAACUUUAUCGUGUAAAUUUUUGAAACUGGUUCCCCAGCUCGUCUUUAGACAACGGGUGUGAGAGAACAAUUACCAUCUAGACCGACUAUGACAAUGGAUUCUAUGAUUGGUUAAAGUCAUCUUCUCGGGAUUGGUUGAGUCAGUUUAAAUCUGUCCUUAACGAUUUUGUACGUGGCAUCUAGAUCGAUAUGCCGGUCGAUGCAUGCCGCAUCUGAGUGCAUUGCCUCGAUGAAACACGUUAUUGAGAAGAAAUGAAAUACCUCUACAAACUGUUCUCCUAAAAUGGGUAUUCGCAUCACUUUAUACCUCAAUGCAUGAGGCAAUAACAAUUCAAGGGAAAAGGUAUUUGCAAUGCUACGACCACUCGAGCACCAUAACCAACCACCUGGCGAACUCUUCCAUACGUGAAAAAUGCAUCUGAACUAGUCGAAAUACAAUUAAAAAGUACCAGAUCCACGUAGCAAACCAGCCGGCAACUACCUUACGCACACAGCUAAGUACAGCCUAAGGACAGGGUUGGCUACCUCGGAAGAAAAGGUGCUCUCUACAAAAUCCCAUGUUCCAGUUGUGAUGCCGUUUAUCAUGGCUAAACUGGGAAACCUGUCUCAAUCCAUAUACAUGAACAUCACUUAGCGGUAAAGAGACGCGAUCAUCUACCCCAGGUGGCCAUGCACACACUGGACACUGGACACAAAUUCUCAUGGGGAAACACUCACAUUGUUUGCGCCUGACAAAAAUUCAAAGCUAUCCUUUGAAAUUCUUUUUUUUCGCAAAUCUUUCGGCAUUUUUAUGCGUCUCUCGUCACAUGCAUACUAAUGGGAGUGAUGGGUAGGCAAAUUUAUCGCAGAUACCACCUACUGCUAAAGCAUUGAAUGGAUUUGCUGGGUUGCUUCAAUUUGUACGUUAAUUUACUAGCGGCAUUGAGUUUUGAAAGUGGAUUGCUUAGUGCAUUUAUUUUACGUAAAUGCCCGGUCUAGCUCCCAGCUGACGGACGGAACUGGAAGCACACCUGUGUCCAAGACCCUACUGCGUAGAUAUCGAAUUGGCGGUUCAAAGUAGUGCAUGAACUUGGCCAAUUGGCCUUGACUUGCACCAGCCCAUUGGCUAGAGAGCAGAAGAAUAACUGCUGGGGAAGAUAAAGAUAUUCAAGUCCGCUGACAACACACAAUAGCUCUGAAACAAAUGCUCUAUUAAAAAGUAGCCCUUAAGUGCACUGGUCAGUUAAAAGCAGUAAAGUGGAAAGUUUGCACAAUUAAUUUAUGUACCUGUGCGAAAUAUUAAUGAUAUAUGCGAGUAAAACAUUAAAACCACUAAGUUUAGCUAAACCACACCACACCACAGCACCUGCGUUACUAACUUUAUUUGAAAGCAGAAAUAGUAAGGUGGGCGGCGAUGCAUUUAAGUCGUUCAGUUAGGGAAAUUGUUAAAGAUUUAAUAGACACGCUUCCGGCCAGGAUCUAGUUAAGGUCCCCAAGUAUCACCAACUGGCCACAGCCACCUGUCCUACGGGAAUGACGGUAAUAGGGGCUUUACGGAUGGGACAUCUGGAUGGUGUGUUGCAUGCCAAAAAAUAAGGGAAGCAAGUUAAGUAUGUUUAAAGCGUGACUGAAAACUUGCAAUGCCCCUUCACAUAGCUGACACAACGCCAAUCACCGAUCUCCGCUUAUUCUCGUUGGUUGGAUUUGCCUUGGUUACCCGUCUCGCUGUAAACUAUUGAUCGGUGGUUAACUAGAGUUGGUUUACACUUCGAAUGUUUCUUAUUGCUCACUUUUGUUAAAUGUACCGCUAUUAUCACCAUUCCCCUAAGACAGGCGGCUUUGGUUAGUUAGGGAUACUUGGGGGGCCUUCGCUAGACUCUUGCCAGAAUUCCUUGAUGCUAUAAGGUGUAGUUCAAGAUGUGGAAAAACACACGUACCAUUUACAUUUCUUACAAAGGAUAUAGUGGCGUUUUGCAUAAUCUUACAGGUUCGCAGUCACUUUUACGUCUGACACUCUCUCUCCUCACUACGCAUUGGAGUAGGCGAAAUAGUAGCCAAAGUUCUGAAACACGUUUUUGAUCCGAAAAGAUUACUUAGGGAGAUGUGUAAGAUUAAUAGUCUCUCUGCAAAAUCCUAAAAUAUUUCAGUCAGACCAGGGUGCCGGCUUUUGAAUAGGCGUCCUUUCAGGCGUCUGUAAGAACUAUACUCUGUAAAAAACGACCACCUAUUUAGCAUGAAUUUCUCCUGUUGAGAUUCAUUGCCUUAUGCAAACUGACUAGGAUGGCCAUUUCUGGGUUAUCGGCCGUCAUCAGCUAGCCAUAUCCAACCCCGAAGUGUGGAACACCUAAAGCUCGAUCCCGCGACCGGUUGACUAGAAGUCCAAGGCCUCUAACCACUGACCCACGGGCCUGAUGUCCUGUCAGCCGCGAUUGGGAACAAACAAUGGUAUAGAGGCGCUCACCGAUCGUUUUACGGCACUCACUCUUCCCGUUGUGCCUUAGGGCUCUCUCUCUCGAACCCAACCAGCUGACAGCGGCUGGCAGGCCAGAAAUGGCCAUUCUAGUCUCCCUCGUCUUUAUCAAUAAUGCCAUUUUGCCUAUGUUAUGCCCCAGUGUGUAGCUGCUAGUUGGGCUCGAGAGAGAGCCUUAAGGCACUACGGGGCGAGUAAUGUGCAUGAGGACGAUCGGUGAGCGCCCCUCUACCAUUGUUCAUCGCCUUUAUAAAUUUAAAUGCAUUUUACAUAAAACAUGCAUAAAACACUCCUUUUCGUACUGAUCUCGAAGAAAAGUACGUCUUCUGCAAUAUUAAUGCUUGAAUAGGGAGCAUCAUUUGAUGAUAAAAGGGUUUGUAAUUAGGAGACUGUUCAAUUGCCUUUCAUACAGCGUCGCGCCAGCACGUUUAUUGAUGCAACUUAUAAAGUAUACAAUCCGGUCUAUAUCCAGUGGACAAUUUUAUGAGGCUUGUAUAAUAUCCCCCUAACAAGUACGUGUUAUUAUUUUGCGGAACGUACACAAGACAUAUACAGUAGAUGUGCUAACUCAAGAAAUGUCAACCAAAAUUUCGAUAUGCAUUCUCGUUUCGAAAAGAUAAAUUAAUUAAUGUUGUAAAACUAAUCAGGAUGCAGCAUAAGCCUAUAAUGAUCCAGUUACCUCAGGAUGCCGGCGUUCGAAAGAACUUCUUUUCGGCUGCAUGCAAUAACUUUACUCUGUAUAAAAUGACUUCUUGAGUAUCAUGCAAUUUUCUCAUUGAUUUUCGAUGCCUUUGAAAAUGAAAUUAUAUUCCAUGGAAAACAUGCAAAAAGAUAUUUAUUUUUUCACUUAUUCGGUAGAAAAUCACGUCUUCUUCCAAUUUUAUGCUUAAAAGGAGAGCAUAAUUCGGUUUUAAAAAACUUUUCGUAUUCCCAAAUAAUUAUGAACCCGACCUGCUUUUACACUUGCAUUCAGUUUCAAAACUGCAAGCUGUUUAUUUUUCGUGUACAGAAAACUAUGCAUUUCUCUACGGCGUUAGGAGAAGACCAUAUGAGGUUCAAAAAAUUAAGCAGUGGAUUUGAGGAAUAUUGUUAACUUUACAGGCCACAUUCGUAAAUGCUGAUACAUGACGUUUCAUAAACGGCCAUAUAAAGCUAUUAAUAAAUCUCAGAAUUAGAAACCUUUUUGAAACCAAGCUAUACACUUCUUUCAAGUAUAAAAUUGAAAGAAGACGUAAUUUUCUACUGAAUUUGCAAAAGAAUGAAUAUUUUUAUGCAUGUUUCCUGUGUAAUAUAAUUGAGUUUUCAAGGGCGUCGAAAAUCAAUUAGAAAAUUGCAUACUACUUACGAAGUCAUUUUUUGCAGAGUAUAGAUCUUGCAUGCAGCCAAAAAUAAGUUCUUUCGAAAGCCGACAUCCUGGGGUAACUGAAUUAUUAUAGAUUUAUGUUGCAUCUUAAAUUAGUUUUGCAACACUUCUUAAUCUAUCUUUUCGAAACGAAAAUGCAUAUCGAAAUUUUGGUUGACAUUUCUUGAGUUAGCACAUCUACUGUACUUUAUAACCCCUGGGUGCGAGCGCAGUAAUCGACCGGGCAAAUAGUUACUCGGGAAUUGUAAAGGCUAUUAAAAAUCGAAAGUUACUCUUUUAAAACAGUGAAGAGGGCCUAGUUUGCUACCAAGGGGGUACAAGCGAGGAUACGUUUGCACAUGUUUUCCACACAUUAAAGUUGGAUUUAUGGAGGCGUAAAAAAUUAAAGGGAGAAAUUUGUACCACUUACCUAGUCAUUUUUGUGAAGCGCAGUUUUUGUACAUGAUCGAAAAGAAGCUCACUUAAAAGACAGCACCCCGAUGAGAUUGGCGCCACACGAUACUUACCGUUGCAACUCUGUCUAAGUAAUCUUCUAAAAUCAACAAAACAAAUUUUAGAAUUUCUGUUAAUAUUUCAUAAGAUUGCACAACUACCAUAGAUGAUACCCAAGUCGCCGUAAGUGACAUAACAUUCCAGGUGAAAAGCAGUUAAGCAAACUCGACAUCGGUGUGCGCGCGCUUACUUCAAGGAGGGACUUCACCCAUAUAUGUACCAGUGCUGAUUACGUCCCACCUCUCAAAAAACAUAAGCAUGCAAACCUCCAAAAUCUCCUGUAAAUCUCGAAGGUAUUGUUUAUAAUAAUACGCUUGUUUGAAAGUACGAUCGUUUCGCGUCAUAAUAUUAAGGUUGCCAUAUUUGGAGAAGGGUAAGAGAAACGCUUUGUAUUGUUAAUAUCCGAUCUACUGGAUUCGGUGUGAAAAUUCGGAAAAACAAACAAUACAGGCAGCGAAGUGCCACCAAAAUUCAGACUUGAAACCACUUUUAGACAGGAUCAUAUGCCGAAACAUACGGUAGUAUGUACUGCAUAAUUGGGGGUCUGUUGUGAUUGCAAGUAAACGUUGCUUAAUCUCCGUUUCAUCGCAGAAUCCGUCUGUCACUGACCAGUUCUAAAAACUGCAAUGAUGCAAAAAACCCGAGUUUACACCAUACGCAUGUUUGUCUACUUUUAAAACGCCGUAAUAACAUAAAUAUAGUUCCCGAAAUCACUUCUAUCACAGGCAUAUAUAUGUAUGUGUAUUUACUCAGGAAUGAGCGCACAACAAUCUCGUUGCAAACAAGCUUCGUAGGAAAUGGUUUUUUUAGAAAGACAGGGAAAUGUAUUUUGUGAAUUAUUGACACAGGUUUCCCAGGUCGUCCUUAGACCUGAAGCAAAUCUAAAAACAGUCAAAAUUUUAAACGGACUUAAAGAUCGAUAUCUUUCUGUCAUUCUACCAGCCAACAUGUACAAGGGGUUGACAUCAAGUUCUGAUUGGCAGUCACCUUUUCCAUUUUUCUUUACAGUGUUGUCCACGGCGUCUAGUUCGAUGUCCGAUUUAUGUAUAAGUUCCAGAGUAUAUGGCCUCUAAAAAUUAAGCGAGACCACUUGUCGCAGGUUUCUGUAUAUACGCUGGGAAAUGGAUAUAAAUCCGCCGGGAAUCAGAAGCAUUGCAUGUGUCUUUUCAUAAAUAUUUUUUGACUGACCUUUACUAAUAUUAUUAUAAAAACUAAAUUUAUGAUAAUUACAAGGCGCUUUCUGAUAAAGCAUGACUUUUUCGGCCCUCUGGAGAAUGUAAAAAUGGUUUGCCUAUCAAUCCAACUUAAUUUUCCCUGUGGCUUUCCUGUUUGGCAGGGAUGCUUAACUGUUGAAAAGCAAGUCAGAACUAAUGUGAGAAAAUAAAGUAAUUUACCUAUGCCAUAUAUAUAAACGUUUAUAAGUCUUUUUAAAUGUUGCAGGCAUUGAAUGCUACGAAAAGGUAACGAUUAGAUGUAAGUCCUUGUUUUGUCCAUCGAUUCUCUUUUUUUUCUAAGCUCCGAUAAGCGCAAUGCCUCGCAUAACAUUGUUUACGAGUUCAUUUGUAAUGUCUAAUAAAUUCUGGAUGUAUUUUUAUAGCAGUUAUAUUAAGAUUCGCGUGCUGUCUAUAAAUGAAACUUGUUUUGACUGUAUUGCCACGGCAGUAUGGAAAAGUUUCUUCCCUUCAUUUUUCAGACCAUUCUCAAAUUAAUGGGAUGAAUGGGUUGUUUUUUUAUAGGGAAGGGUAGAAAAGUUCAUUUCGUUAAAUCGGACUCCGACUGUAAGUUCCAAACUUUUUAUUAAAUGGACCCUAAUAAAAAGGAACAACGACCUGGAUGGGUUCGUAAAUAAAUAUUUUCUGUUUCAAAAGGUUCCACAUCUUCCAGUUCCUCCGACAGUGAUGUUUCAACCUGUAAGUCACUACUUCAUAUCCAAAGCAUUGGAGAUUGAUUUUAUUCCAACACUUGCAUAAUUUUUUUUCUUUUUACUUCUAUUUAUCGUUUUUAUUUUGCGACGUGUUGUGUCCUCUAACAACCUGUGCCGCUGUUAUGACGAACAAAAAUGCAAACACUUCAGUUUACGGUUGGCCUACGGCCAAUUCGCUGGGCAAUGAAGAGCAUCACCAUUUGUGACUAACGGAUCGUCACGUGCUUACAGGGAUUCAAAUAAAUGAUCUGAUCUGUAUAUUUGCAUGAUACUGAUCUAAGGCACACUCCGAUCUGCUUGUCUGAGUCACAUUUUUCACCUGAGCUAGGCCAAAGUUUUGUUAAAAAGCCCGUUUAAUAAGCCAGACACUAACGGCGCGGGCAUUUCAAUGGACGUUUUUCAAGCUGUUGGCCACACAUGCAUUUAGCUAUGUUAUUUUCGGCUGCAAUAAUGAGCAGCACCUUACUUAGCCAAGAAAAACAACUGUCACAAUACUGCGUCGGAUUUCUGCAGUUCGAUAUUAACAAAAUUCGGCAAAUUUUAAGUUCUUUUGAGGAAUAACAGGAAGCUCAGUUAGAAUGAGCUACUUACAAACUCCUUGUCCCACUAUUGCAGUAAUAUUUGGUGGGGCAAAUUCGAUGUCGUUGGAGAGGAGGCAUAAUUUCGUUGUCUCCAGAACUUAUACUUCAGAAGGCAGCAUUUUUGGUUCUUUUUGUUCAAAAGAGCACCUCAGUCUUGGCGUAAAUACGAAUCAGAAAUAGGAAUGAUGUCUAUGUUUUCGGGCUUUACCUGUCGGCGGGCAUUUUCUUCCCUUUUCAUAUGUUAGAGAUGCAAUUUCUUAUGGUUGUCGACGGACGGAGUCCCUUUAAAAAUCCAAGGUUGCCACAAUUAAAUAUAGGUACAGCGCCUCGCUCCUACGUCCUUCCCGCUGCUGCACUGAGCUAUGAACGCAGUACACCAUAGUUUUCGAGAAACAAGAGGAUCGGAAUGCAGUUUUAUUGUUCGUCAUCAAACAAGCACCUUCCUGCGUUUCUUUUGAAAUACGUAAACGUGGAUGUUGAAAGCUAGCACGUUAAUGUUUGCAGCGAAUGUCAAAUUAUGCUCAGGCUCAAUUAGUCAAGCUUUCCAUGUAUUGGUGCCUCUUAAGGUGGUGGGUUCAACGUGAGAUUACUUGGAAGCCAGCUGAAAGCUUACAGCACCCAGCAUGCUCCUUCACGUGAAACACCAAACAUAGGUCAAGAUAUUCUUUUUGACUCGACGCAAGAACAGGUUCUACAAGUCAGCCCUAGUGACCAUUUUCUUGUUGACUUGACAACAGUGAGUUGUCUUACUACUCCCAGGACAUCAGAAGAUCGUGCGGAGCCCAGAAGAAGUUUAUUUCUGAAGUGAACCGAGGCCUGCAGCGAGGAUCACUCAGACAGCAAUUUAUAGUAAUUUAAAGUAUAGGUGUUACCCAAGAACCCGACUACGCACACAUCAUGGAAUGCGAGAUUUGGGAAUACGAGUCAGCUAACUUCAAGUAACUUCCAUGACAGUGGGGUUGUUUUAAUAGUACAGUACGUGACCGAUCUCACGAAAUGUUGGUCAAGAUUCUGGAAGGAGUUUCCGCUUAGGAAAGAUUACUUAAGUGAGAUUGCUAUACUGAUUAUCAUGCAGCAUAACCCUAUGCCAUUUCGAACUCGCCAGAAUGUCGGCUUCUGAAUGCACUUUUUUGACCUCCUGCAGAAACCACACUCGGUAAAAAAUGACUACUUAAGUAGCAUGCAUUUUUUCUAUUGAUUUUCGGCGGUCUUAUAUAUUACAGAAAACAUGCACAAAAAUAUGAUUUAUUUUGUUCAUUUGCAAGGAAAUGGCAUUGUCUUCAUAUUUUAUGCCCGAAGAAAGUGUAUCUUUGGGUUCUAACAAAAAGUGUAGUUAUGAGAUUUUUAAGGCCGUGCGAUGUCCGUGCAUGCAAGACCGCACAUGCCCGUUUACUAAUGCUCCUCAUGAAAUGUACAACACAGUCUGGAUCCAUUGCAAAUUUUCAUGAAUUCUAUGUGGUAUUUUCUUAAAGGCGAAGAGGAAUAUAUGAUUUUCCUUACGCGGAAUUCAUGCAUUUUGUAGACUGAAACUGCGAAACGCUGAUACAAUGGAAGAUCAGUCUGAAAAAAAUUCGGGAAUCUGGAGACUUUUUAAACCUAAAUCUACACUUUCUUCGGGCAUAAAAUAUGAAGACAAUGUCAUUUCCCUCCAAAUGAACAAAGGAAAUCAUAUUUUGUGCAUGUUUUCUGUAAUAUAUAAGACCGCCGAAAAUCAAUAGAAAAAAUGCAUGCUACUUAAGUAGUCAUUUUUUACCGAGUGUGGCUUCUGCAGGAGGUCAAAAAAGUGCAUUCAGAAGCCGACAUUCUGGCGAGUUCGAAAUGGUAUAGGGUUAUGCUGCACGAUAAUCAAUAUAGUAAUCCCACUUAAGUAAUCCUUCCUAAUCGUAAACUCCUUCCAGAAUCUUGACUAACAUUUCAUGAGAUCGGUUACGCACUGUAGUUUUAAGUAAUAUACUUAUUCAAAUUUGAUCAUUCUAUUUCAUGGCGGGCGUUGAACUGGUCUCGGCAUGUUCAUAAAGCGGAUAAUGGGCUUCCGUGCAAACAACUCCGGACUUUGGGUUCUCGUGCAUAGUUUCCAUAAUGCUUUGCAUACUUUAGCUGUAGGCAUUCGGAUUUCUUAAUUUUGUGCUUAGAACAAAUAGAGUUCUCCGCAUGUAUGCUUGACCAAAUAUUUUUUCUAACCUCUUUCAGAACGUCUGAGUUAGGAUGCUGCGAAAAUUCCUUUGUUCUGUUUAUCUGCUAAUCUGUUUUAGUUCCCAGCGAUUGCCUGGUCUACGCGGACGGGAGCAGUGCUGCUUACAGACCUACUGACUUUAUCCGCCAACCGACUUCCAAAAUUUGCUAUUGCCGCCAAACGGGUAGUUUUUUUAUUUAUUUGAUUAAUGGGCAGUAUCUUUUUAUCCACCGUUUGUAGGGGCGACAGUUUCCAGUUUUCACCCUAUCAGGUGAAAGAAAGCAGAGGUUGACGAACAAAUGUAGUGGGUGGUAUGACAGAGGUCUUUCCAGGCUAAGCCUCCGCCGUCUUUAGCGGUGUUUGUUCACUUGCCUCAUAAACAGCUGACACGGUCAGUCUACCUCUGGCAUAUGCUUGUGGAGUGGGAAAUGGGUGUGGCAGGUCUUCUGAUUUUGUUUGUUUCUCAUAAACGAAACUUCAGACAACGCGCUCGUGGUCCGGUGAGUAGAGGCGUUGACUUCUAAACCAACCGGUCGCGAGUUCGAGGCUCGGGUGUUCCACAAUUCGGGCUUGGGUAUGGAUGGCUGACGACGGCUAAUAAGCCAGAAAUGGCCAUUCCAGUCUCCCUUGUCUUUGUCGGUAAUAUCAUUCUGCCUAUAUAUCAUGCGCCGCUGUGCGGCUGCUGGUUGGGCUCGAGAGAGAGCCCUUAAGGCACAACGGAACGAGUGAGUUCCGUAUGAACGAUCAGUGAGCGCCCCCUAACACUUCAGACAUUAUUCAGACAGUAAGGUAGGACCUUUUCUAAUUAUAUUUCCCGUAAGCGACCAACCCGGAGGAUCCGCGGGACAUGGGUUACUAUGCACGUCACCGUCACACUAUACCGCCACACACGACGACGUACAGCCUUGUUUCACAACGUAGACCCACCGCACCGGGUAGUUCGCACACGAGUUUGUUCCUGAUGAAGCAGACCUGUGAGACAUCUAGCAUUUCACCGAUUCGGUGGCAGUGCCAUGAGGAUCGUAGGCACAGUAGGUGGGCUAACUCGAGGUACAAGUAGCAGGGACCAAUUCGAGCGCGGUACGCACAGACUUGGCUUUGUCGGCUUCUGUGCCUGUACUUACAGUAGGUGGGCUAACUCAUGAAAUGUCAACCAAACCUCCGAAAUGCGUUUUCGUCUCAAAAAGAUUACUGAAGUAGGGUUGUAAAACACGUCGGCCUGCAACAUUAUUCUAUAAUAUUUCAGUUACUGCAGGAUGUCGGCUUUCGAAUGAACUUCCCUGCGGCUGUAUGGAUAAACUACGCCCUGCAAAAAAUGACUACAUGCGUAGUAUGCAUGUUUUCAUUAAUUUUCGUGUCCCUAAAUUUACAAUUAUAUUUCAUGGAAAGCAAGCAUAAAAAUAUUCAUUCUUUUGCUCAUUUGAUAGAAAAUUACGUCUCUUCCUAAUUUUAUACUCAAAGAAGGGGUAUAAUUUGGUUUAAAAAAAACGCUUCGAACUGUGGGACGUUUAAAUACCGUGAAAUGGUCGUUAAUAGAUCGUCAUGUCUCUGCAUUUACCAAUGUGGCUUGUAAAGUCAACAAUAUGGAUCAAAUCCACUACUCAAUUUUAUGAAUCCUCUAUGGUCCCCCUUUAUAACCGUAGAGAAAUGUGUGGUUUUCCGUACGCGGAAAAUAUGCGGCUUGCAGUUUGGGAACCCUGAAUCCAAGCGUUACGGUCGAGCGGGUUUAAAAUUAUACGGGAAUUGGAAACGUUUUUGAAAACAGAGUUAUACUCUGCCUUCGAGUAUGUAAUUGGAAGAAGACGUAAUUGUCUACCGAAUGAGCAAAAGAUUGAAUAUUUUUAUGCAUGAUUUCUGUGAACUGUAAUUGAAUUUUUGAAAGCGUCGAAAAUCAAUAAGAAAAAUGCAUGCUAUUUACGUAGUCGUUUUUUGCAGAGUGGGGUUUUUGCAUGCAGCCGGAAAGAAGAUCCUUUGAAAGUUGACAUCCUGAGGUAGUCGAAUUAUUUAAGAGUUAUGCAGCAUGAUAAUUAGUUUUACAACCGUACUUAACUAAUCUUUUUGAACUGAAAACGUAUCUCGGAAUAUUGGUUGAAAUUUCGUGGGUUAGCCCACCUACUGCACCUACGAUCCUCAUGGCACUGCCACCGCAUCGGUGAAAUGUUAGUGAGAGAGAGAAGGAAUUUUGAUAGAAGUCUCACAGGUUUGCUUCACCAGGAACAAAUUCGUGCGCGAACUACCCGGUGCGGUGGGUCUACGUUGUGAGACAAGGCUGUACGUCGUCGUGUGUGGCGGUAUAGUGUGAUGGUGACGUGCAUAGUUACCCAUGUCCCGUGGACCCUCCGGGUUGGUCGCUUACGGGAAAUAUAAUUAGAAAAGGUCCUACCCUACUGUCUGAAUAAUGUCUGAAGUUUCGUUUAUGAGAAACAAACAAAAUCACAAGACCUGCCACACCCAUUUCCCACUCCACAGGCUUAUGCCAGAAGUAGACUGACUGUGUCAGCUGUUUAUGAGGCAAGUUAACAAAAGGACACACUUAUCCUGCCAGUUUGCAAUCUAAUAAGCCGUGAUUCUUGGCGCGUUGUUAUAGGUUCAGACACACCGGAGUGAUUAUUAGUGUGGAAUUUACAGUAUCACUGUCAUUCUCUCCUUCCUCCCCCAUGCGCAUGUCGUUUACCCAAAUGUGAGUCCGUCAUCAGACAGUGAACUGUUUAAAGCCUAUAAAACUGAAAACGACGUGACGCUAUAUUAUUUUGCCUUCUAGACUAUCAAAACUAUGACCUAUAUCCUGUUGUUUUUCCGACAGAAAACUGUAUGCGACUCCUCCAAGCUUGACUGAAAGUUAUGGACUGAAGGACUAUAUUUAGCCCUUCCCCGAAUAACUGGUCGUUGCCGAGUUACAAAUUUAGACUGCAAGCAUGACUGCUUUCUCGUUAUUCGAAAAUCAUUAACUGCCAACCCGGUCCUCGAUACUGUCGCCUGAUGUCCAAAAAGUCGUUUAAAUAUAGGGGUUUUGUGCAAGCAACUGCUUGAGGAGUUUAGUAAGCUGUCCCAUGCAUUUUACCGGUAAUUAACCGCGAAAUUGUUUAUAUAAGCAUCUUUGCUUCCCUAUGUGAAAGUGCGCAUGGUGUUUGUGCUACGAAAUUAAUUUUAGUAGCCAUUCGAACCGAGCAGAUUUGUACAGAAACAUAUAAAUAUCGGUAACUUUUUCAUCCAAAAUGCCUCUUCUCUCAGGAAUGUAAUAGUGGAAAUUUUACCAUAUUAUUGCGCCUUAAUUUGCAUUUUGACUAAAAAGUAAGAAUAUGCGACAUUUAAAUCCACUAGACGACUCUUCAUCUUUUAAAUAUCACAACGCUAAAUGACUUUACAGUUGCAUUCUACUGCUAGUAGCAAUAAAAAUAAACCCCCGCCACAACUCUAUUCUACUGUUUUUCCAUUAUGUCUUUUCAUUGACUCUCUGUAUUACCUUAGGAGAUUGCACACAGCCAAUUCACAGUCAGCCGCUAGACGAAGCCUUUCCCCUUGGGAAGGCUCUUUUUACUUUCCCAUGGCUAUUUGAACAAAGGUGAACAAUUAGACUGAUGUGACCGUGGUGUUUAAUUCACGCCGUUUUUCUGCUAUCCGAAGCCUAAAUGGUCGCGAAUAAACCAUUAAAACGCCAGUCGUGCGGUCUUCUAACGCGCUCAAGUUGUUUAUCCAACGCUCUUCUAGAUGGCUGACUGCUCUUGACGCAGAUCACAAUGGCGGAACACUUUCCGUGGCAUAAUUUCUUCGCUGCAGGUCUAAUUUUCCUCCUGUGCGGGCGUUUAUUAACUGUGAGAAAAUACACAAGAACUCCAACAGGGCAGUGAGAACCGGUCGCGUGGGCCGCGUACAUAAAUUAAUUGUCAUCAAACGUUGCUGGAAAAUGUUCGGGUAUGCGCCAAGCGAAUGCAGAGACGACGCAUAAUCAGGGAUUCCUGUUUUCAGCGCAGAAGGUUCCCGUUUGAAAAUUGCACAUUUAUCAUGAAAUUUUCUGCUCCCUCAACAGUUAUAAGGGUUAACAUCAGAAAAGUGGAAGAAUUCCACACGAGUUUUGUGCCGGAUUAGCCUUUUUUCAAACUCGUAAGCUUGGCACUGGGACGAUAACACCCAUUUGAGGCAAAGCAACAACCGCCAUGUUUGUGUGAACACUCACUACAAGGGUCUGUGAGUACGGCUCAGAGGCGCCCAAGUUCAAUCUCAAUCUUCGACGAUAACAAUCGGGAGAUGGCACCCAAACAAUCCGCUACCUAGAAAUAAUACCUUUAACAGUAGACUCAAACGCCUUCAGGCUAUAUCAGCGGUUACAGGCCUACUUUCACGCAUUACUUGGACUUUCCGCGAUGACCUAACAUGGGCUGGCCGAACGAACAUCGCAGGAGGUUACAUGGACGAUGGUCGCUUUUAUCCAACCUUCUCCAUCGUUAUACACGUACACAUGAAUAUACGGCAUACAUUCGCAUUAUGGCAGUUUAUUACAAAGCAAAAUCAGUUUUAACUAGGAUAAGUCUGCACAACAUCGGACAGGAACAGUUCCCAGGCAUUUGUAAAAGACAUGGCAUUGAGGCCAAACCAAAGACGAAACUGUACUUCGUCUAUGUGAGCCCACACAGCUUGACCACAUACAGGGCCUCCCUCGUAGAGUUUCCUUUUCAGUCUACUCCAGUAUGCCUCAAUGGCAUUGGUGUGCCGUGCGGUGGCAGGGUCCUUGAAGGUCUUUGAGUGGUUAACAGAGAAAUGCAGAUAAUCUUCUGAGGGAGGACGAUUAUACGCCUUCCAUUCGUCGGUUACCACUAUUCUGCCUUUGGCGACCAAUUUUAUAAUAACGGAACGGAGAGCGGGCCAACUUCGAUUAUUCACCUGUUCAACUUAGACAUUCUGUCGGCUAGUAUCGUACUUCCCGACCAGCCACCACACACAAAACCCCUAUUACCACCUGUCUCGUAAGACAGGUUGCUUUGGUAAGGCGGAUUUUUUGGGUGCCAUCUCCCGAUUUUUACCUCUUCGACUUCCUGUACACGAUCGCACGGUCUCGUCGAUUCGCUACGCCAACCCCCCCCCCCCCCCAACGCCGCGACUAGGUCCGCCCCCUGCGCACACGCCAGGGCCUUGUUCACGUACUUCCUUGUGACCGCAAACGGCCUAGUGUGUGCAGAUUUGUGAGUUAUUUUUUGAGAGAUGAAUUAUAAAAUUUCACUAAAAUCGAUCAUUGAAGCAACCACAAACGUCCUAGUGUGAUGAUCCCAUCUCUCCAAAUUUAUAAAACCACGAGUACAACUCGAUUUCGUUCUGAUAAAACUCUUCUUUUUAAAUGUGUGGGGAUUGCAGCAACUGUCUUCACUGGCUGAAUGGCAUGCUUCUUCAACUAUGUUUGCUUAUUCUUUCAAAAAUUAUACAUGUAUGUUUCACAUCCUCAGAAUUAUCGUCGUUUGUGGGAAACGUGGUCUUACUGCAAAGUGGCACUUGGCACGGCAGAAUACGUGCACAUGUUAAAAACAAAAUGCCUCGCGAAAUUCCUACUAUAUGACCUGUGAUUUAGCAGUUUCACUUGGGGCCUUAAAUAUUUCUGCGACUCAUAUCUUCCUGCCAGACGUUGACGUCUCACGGUUUAGAAGGCUGCAGUAUAUGUUGUAUACUUUAAAGAUUGAUCGUAUAAUUUCAUUAAGGAAGGCGCACUUAUAAGUGGAACUGAAAACGUCAGUUUGUUUAGGAACUACGCCACGCAAAAUGGCGAAAGGAAAUUGGCUGUCUAACAAUCCACAAACGCUGAAACUAACAAGAAAUUCUUCAUUUUUAACAAUGCUUCUGAAUGAAGCCGUAAUGCGAGACCCAAAAAAUGACCAGUUAAAAUCAUAGGGCGCAGUUUUAUUAAUUAGUUUGGAGUAAAGUAUCAGGCAUAUUUCAUGACGUCUGUCGGAAUGUAAAACAGUCUUCGCUAUCUGUUCUAAUAAUUGUUGGAAACACUUGAUGUUACUGGCCGUGGGUUGCAUUCUGCAAAGUGGCGCUAUGAGAGACACCAGAAUCCGCAAAUUCAUUGUUUGAUACAUCCAUUUGCAAAAUAUUUGUGAGAUACAGUUCUGCCACUAAAUUUUCACUGAAUGCGAGUCAGUAAGUGAUUUAAAGGAGUUAAUUAAUUUACCCGACCCCAUUGUGAAAAACAUAGUUCUCAGUCGAAGCCUCGUAGCUCAGGUGGUUUAGAAUGUAGGUUGUACUCAAGGCCUAGCCUUGCUGUCUUGGGUACGGACCUCGCCGAGACCUUCAAGAUUUUUGCAUUUGGGUCAAAUGAAUGCAAAUUUUCGGUGUACCCUCGUCAAGCGCAGACGCUUGAAUUAUUUCUUGAGAGAGGAAUUAUGAAAUUUCGCCGACCUCGACUAGCACAAAAACCCACAGGUCUUCACAUGUUAAACAUCACCAGUCAGGGCAACGGAAACUUCGUCAAAGCACUCUGACACUGUUGUGAGUUAGCAAAUGGUCGAAUUUUUGGCUAGAUCGCAGUUGGUAGCAAGGUCCGUAUUAAAGGUCGCGGGGGGUUUGUUUAAUGGAGAUAUUUUGUGGAGUUCCAUAAUCACAUCUGACCAAUUUGGCUUCCAUUUUACGUUUGAGGUUAGGAUUAGGGUACCGGUUAAUGGUUUCCGAUUUUCGGGUUAGGUUUAUGCCUUUAUGCUUAGGUUUUUGGGUUACGGUUAGGGUUUGAGAUUAGGAAUAGGUUUAAGUAUUACGGUUAGGCUUCUCAGUUACGGCUAUGUCUAAGGGCUACUGUUACGUUUACGAUUUCGGUUAGGGUUGCCGUUAGGGUUACCAGUUUAAAUUUAAGGUAAGGGUUAGGGUCGCCGUCCGCUUCCCCAUUCCUGGCUACCAACUGCGAUCUAGCCGAAUUUUUUGCCUAUUUGCAUCCAUCUUUUGCGUACGGACUUUACAGUAGAGGUAUGUUAAAGUAAUUUUAAAUAAAAGGUGACUUUUAGCUACGAUAACUUUGUUUUCCAUACUUCCUCUCUUGUUUUGGCGCAACGAGUUAACGCGUAGCGAAAAUUCCCAUUGAAGAAUUAGAAAGACAACUUGGAGAGCAUACGUAAGCUUUCAAUAAAUUUUAUUCAGGCCUGCGCAUUAAUAUUUUUAUUUAAAUUAUUAAUAAGAAAUUGCGGACAAGCAGAAGUUAUUUUCUAGCUGGUGUUUGGCGGAGGGUCUGGGUGGGUUAGGUGAAAAACAGGAGGAAAGCAGAUGGUGGGCAUUAAGAGGGGUAAUUAUACGAGGGUGGCCGGCAUAAGGCGCAGUCUAGUCCGUUGUUUGACACAAAGAGUAAGGAGGAUCUGCUCUGCCGAUAGCAUUGUGGAAUGACCUGAGAUUGUCAAAAAUCUCUUUUUUGCUAUGUACAUGGCCGAAGAUCACCAAAGCCCCACGAUGCUGACAGCAGAAAAGAAGAAGCCUUUCAUAAGGGGACACGCCAAGGGAACUUCUAAAAAGGCGCUUAACUGAAGCUGUAUCAUCCACCUUUCCAGCAGCUGUUGCCCGUGUACUCUUCUCCAUUAGUCCAAUCCUACACGGAGAGAGCAAGGACAAAGUGCCAGCGCAGACCACUUCGAUCUGUAUUUUCUCCUUUACCUGCUCCUGUGGAGCAGAAUAUAUUAGUCGCACGAGCCGAUGCUUGUCCAAAAGAAUGAGAGAAUAACUCCCAGCAUGGUUAGGAAAGGGACAGAUAAAGAACGUCAAUAGCCCUAUCUUCACCCACAUGGUAGACACAGAUCACUGUGCAGAUGCCGUACAGGCAUUCCGACUGCUUUACACGAUCCCGUCAAGCUAUCCAAAAGGCCUUGGACAUCAUCUCUUGGCAACUGCAGGGGCAGCUGUCAUCAGGCUAUACAAACCAUUCUAUGCGCAUAAAAGAACUUCGUACAGGCCCCACAGAUACCAUAAGCCAAAGCCACCAUGCCAGCCACACGCGUAUAAUCACCCGUCCCAGUGCCCACCAUCCUCCCCCCCCCCCUGACACUGACGGUAAUUCUGUUUUUCAUUCCAUUCACCAAGCCCCUCCCUCAAACCCCAUAUACUGAAUGACUUCUGCUUGUUCGCAUUCUCUUUUUAAUCAUUUCGAUAGCAACAUGAACGUACAGGAAUGGAAGAGAAUAUGCGCAUCACAGGUUCUUGUUUAAAAGAAGGCGAAGGCACGAUCACUGGGACAGUAGGUUUAUUUGCCUGAGCUUUCGAACUCGAACUAGAGUUCAUCAUCAGAGGCUACUCGAGUGCAGCAAAUUGUGAACAUUUAUAUCGUUCAUCCUUGGGGGAGAGGGGCAGUACGACCAUGGCUAGGUAGGGUUUGUGCCGCCUGGUCCACGAUGUCCCCCCGGCGUGGUGACACCGUUUGUACUUCGCGACGGUGUGAGCUGCGCCACCUGGCUGCGUGGGCGGAGCGCGUGAUAAUACGCAGGCAAAUCGAUGUGUCUGUUGAUAUAAUUGUUGUCCGACACGCAUGCCUCCAACAGCUCUCGCCCUGUCUUGUUGCUGGCUCGCGCCAAUAUCCGCGUGUUUGCCAAGUCGAACUCAUGCCCUUCCUCCAGCGUGAGUGGCUACUUGAGACAGUGGGUCGCCUCUCCGAACGGCCCGUUUGUGCUCAAGUAUUCGUGAGAUCAGACGUCGUCCUGUUUGGCCUGUGUAGUGGCAAGGACAGUUUUGGCACUGGAUUCGAUAGACUACGCCCGACUGUUCACCUGCGUCCAGCCGAUCCUUCAUUUUCAUGAUCCUGCUACACAUGGUGGCCGCCGGAUGAUGAGCGAUGCCCACGCCUAGCUCUGACGCGAUGCGUUCUGUAGCCUCGGACACAUUCUUUAUGUACGGUAGGGAGUGCCAAAUUGUUGGUUUCUCUCUUCCAUUUGUCCGGCGUGGGUGCGCGCGUAUGCAGCGACUGAGAAAACUAUUUGGGUAGCCGUUCUUUGUUAAUUGGUCCCGGAGAUGCCGUAGUUUUUGCAUCCUACCUUCGGGCUCGCUACAGUGCGUUUUUACCCGGUCGAAAAGCGCCCUCACACAGCCCCGUUUGUGCACCAAUGGGUGGUUGCUAUGUACAGGCCUGGAGAGAAUUUAUUGAAAGCUUACGUAUGCUCGCGAAAUUGUCUUUUGAUUUAACGUUACUUAUCUGACCAAACAUGCGACCAAGUGCCCUUGUAGGUAACUUAUGCCGUCACCUACGUUACUUUUUCAGCACUGCUUUAAACCUCAAAUACACCAACAAGAUCUAAACUUAUUCAUUUUUAAAUUUUCAAUAAGCUCAUGCUUUCCUUUUUGUUGUAAUGCAGUGCAUGGAGAUGGUGACGAAGAAUGUCAACAUUACGGUGUGGAUUUACUGGUGACCACGGGUACGUUCACAGCCUCGUAUUUCCUUUCGGCAUGUCUGCCUCUGAAAUUUUAAUGAAAUUCCAUUCUUGAGACGAUUUAGUUGGCCUAAUCACUAUAUCCGUUCGAUAAUAGGUCAGUUUGAAGAACGGGGAUACAACGUGAGUGUCUCUCUUACAAAAAAGAUCUCGUUCUCUUUACUUUGCAGCCAUCUGGUUUUGUUGGUUUAGUUUGGAUUCUUGAACCAACACGUGAGGACUUAGUUAAUCUAAGAACAGGAAAUUCUGGAGUGUGUACAAUUCUAUUUAAGCAUAAGACUUAAUGCCAUUUCGCUAUUUUAUAUAGAACAGUUUGCCUUCCCUUCAUUAUUUUGCCGUUUUUUACAUGGCAGAAGCUGUAAGUAUUUCUGAUCUUUACUUAGAUUGUCAAAAGCAGCUCGGUGUACUUCUGCAUGUGAUUAAGGGGAUUAAGAACGAUUAGAUUACCUUCUAUAAACGUUUGAGUUGCUUUAAAUGAAGUGCUCUUGUCAGCACUUGAAGACGCCAAUCAGAUUUCAGUUAAAUACUUACACCCAUCUAAUACUGUGAACGCAACGAUAUUAUGGGUUUUUUUAGGCGACCUAAACACUCUUUUCAUGCGCAAACGUGAAACCCCGCACCAAACAGGUCCCGUUCGCCCACCUCAACAGGCUGUAUUGUUGUUAAGGUGGGUUGGCGCGACGACAAGAAUUUUCCCCACUCAAAAUUCGGAGACAGAGUUAUUAAAAGAAAAAGAGAGGCUACCGUUGAGGCUGUAGGCAUUGGCGCGUAGUUGUGUGUGUGCCUGAGCCUUGUUUUCAUGUAGCCAAUCAGAAAGUUGCGCAACAUCGAUAGGCUACAAGCUUUCACCACAGCGGGAAUGCCACACGCGCGGCGCAGACAUUCAAUUGGCAAAGGGCGCCGGGCGAACCGCAGACGAAACGCGUAAGCUACCGUGAUUGCUAAUCACGGGAACACACAGCCAGAGUACCAUGCCUAACACCUCGAUUUCGCGUACAAACGCCGAUGCGCGGCCAACUCUCAGUCAGCCGACCCCCUCAUCCUCCUCUUUUAGACUGAAGGCUACUUUGCCUUUCUCAAUCUCCUACCAGCUUCCUUUGCUUUUCAGGGUUCACCAGUGCAACUUCCAUUCCAUGAAUAGACACAUUAAAGGCGCUUUAGAGAGUGCCAAACUGUAGGUUUAGGUCUAAGUUAUACCACCGGGUCAGACAGCGAGCUUGCAUCCGAAGUGCAUGAAGUUGGUUGUACUUCCAAAUUAUCGGUGAAAUGUUUUUUCCCUAUUUUACUGUUGACGACAAAGAUGGAAUACUUUAGGCCACUUUUAUUGCCUCUUUUAGGCAAGCCCAGAGCGUACCGGUCAGUCUUCAGUCUCUUUUACCUCAUGAAUUUGCAAUAAACCGCCUUUUAUAUACUGUCGCCCAGGGCAAAGAGAGCACACACUACUUUGUAAGUCUUUUUUCUGAAACCAAUAAACCAAGCCUUUCUGCCGAACAAUUUCACAAGUCAAACCGGAGUGAGAAUAAAUUUUUUUUCAAUAAACAUUGAUUUUCUGAUUAUGGAGCCUUGGACAUCCGUCCGUCUGUAAAAACAGACUGCGUUUGCUUUUGUAUAACAAUUCCUUUCGCUAUUUUAAAGCACGACACGAGGCCUUCGCCAUAUUCAACCAUUCCGCCCUUCAGUACUUGCAGAUGCCGCGCCGAGUGACUCCGAUUCGUGGGUAGAAACGACCGCCUGGCGUCCAGAACCGGAUACCCCACUUGCUAACCAGGUCAACGAGCUCAGGCUGCAAAUUGGAGAACGCACAGUGCGACCUGGUGACCACAUCCACGGUCGCGUCUUCUUCGAUACGGAGAAAGCAGUAGACCUCUCGAAAUUAGUCCUCAAUCUCAACCAAACUUUCGUUCACACUGACAGCACGGGAAGACUUUCUGAGGUAGGUAACCGGAGGUUUUAUGCCUCAUUUCACGAAACCCCAGCCAAUUGGAACAAGUAGUCUGGAAAGCCAUGGCUGGGUCUGAUUUGCUUCGUCGGUCAAAUCUUACCGGGCUAGCAGUGCUAAUGACGUCGUGGCACCUGUAAUUCUAGCGGGCUGCCGGAAUGUAACUUCGAAUUACCUGUGCCAGACUGUUCACCCCGACGACGUCUAGCCAUGGGCAGGCAAAUCAGGCGACCUCUAGCGGACAUAAGUGACAUGAGUAUCUCUGAUUAAAGUCAGACAUACACGUUGCAGAUACAUCCUCUCAGUAUGUAUAUACAAUUUUUUCUCACUUUUGUCAUUUCGCUACUUUGGCUGUUUCGUUAUGCAUUGCCCAACCUCAAGUAUCACUGGAGCUAUUGCAGGCAUUACUGCCUAAAAUAUAGUCUGGUCAGAAAAUUACUAACUUGAUCAAUGGCUGCUGGUAGUUUUUUUUACCCACAAUUGAUAUUACUAGCGGAAUCCAUUUUGCAGUUAUAUGGAGUGCUUACCAGAAAUGGAUCUUUAUAUGCGUUGUUGCCUUCGAUCGAGCAUUGAAGCUCAUGCCUUGGGAAUAUUGGUAAUGGUCUGCGCAUUGUACACUUUUUCUCAGUAAAUUUUGGCUGCAAUUCUGAAAUGCGUUUUCGAUUAGGAAGGAUUACCUAGGUGCGGUUUAAAUAUUAAUUAUCGUAAUGAAUAAUCUUAUGAACUUUGAAAUUCACAAUUAUAUUAGCUUUUGAGGACACAUCUUUGCGGCCUCCUGUAAAAACCAAUCUCAGUAAAAAAAGUGUCUACUUAAAAGGUGUGCAUUCCACACGUCGAUAUUCCAUAGUCCCAAAAAUUCAGGCAUAUUUAAAUAAAACAUGCGCAAAGAAUGCGAUUUCUUCUAUUCAUUUAGUGGCAUACCACGCCGACCGCAAACUUCACAGUAGAUGAAAGCGCAUAUUUGGGUUUUGAAAAUCCUUCCAAUUCAAGAAUAAUUUUGAGCCUAAAGUUAAUAAAAUUUUGCUGUGAAUGCAGACUGUAUUGUAUAUUUCAUGAGGAGCAUUAAUACCUGCACAGGUGCGAUGCUUUAUUAAGGGAAAAUGCACAGUCUUAAAAAUCUCAUAAUUAGAUAUUUUUCAAACUCGAAAGGCGUUCUUCCUUCGAGUGCAAACUGUGAAGUCGGCAUGAUGUGCUACCAAACAGGCGGACGGAAUCGCAUUUUUUGCAUUUUUCUAUAUAUCUUUAUUUCCAGAACCGUCGGAAAUCGAUGUGAAAAAUGCUCACUACUUAAGUUGUCACUUUUUACCGAGUGCGGCUUUCAUAAGAGGUCUCAAAAAGUGUAUUUAAAAGUCAACUUCAUGAUGAGUCUCAAACUUAAAUCUGAUCUUUAGAAAUUAGGGUAAUCGAUCAGUCACGGAUAUAGGUGCAUCCCUCAUCUAUCUUCCUACAAAGUGCCAUUUGUAAUGCAACAACACAAGCAUGCGGUACGUAUAUAUGAAGACUACUCGUUCCCUCCUUGAACCCCUCUAUUACCACCAGUUCUGUAUUGUAGGUGGUCCUGCGCCAUUUAUCAUGGGCGCGUACAGAAACCAUGCAUGAUCGUGUAAUUUAAUUAUUUAUGCAGCAGACAUAUGAAGCGUUCUGGUUAGAGUAUAGAGCAUGCCCGAUCCGUUUUGUUGCAGCUUUCCAGUCUAUAGCUCUGCGAAAAAGAAACAAUGCAAAAUGACAAGCUAGACGAUCAGUCAGAAAAAGCCAUCAAUUCCAUUUCCUCUUCUGCCUUCCUUAUGCACCAUUGCAUAUCGUCUUGUGGACACAUAGCGGGCCUUAAACUUGACUCCGAAGGUAAAAUGUUCGAGCAUCUUUCAUCCGGAAGUAAAACCCGGAAACAGCAGUUCCAGAAUGAUCAGCAUUUUUAGUAGGAGUCUGCUGAACAACGAGUCAGAAGCUUAAUCGCAGAAAGUUUGACCAUUGGUCGAUGAUUUAAGAGUGCGGAUUUGGAUCACGGGUAAUCAAUAUUGAUGGCUGAAGGACUACCAAUUAGCAGUGCUUAAGAUUAGAAAAAUUUUGACUGCAGUUACCCUUGUUUUUAGGUACCCUUUUAGAAAGUCUAAUGUUAGUUACGGUUCAGAUUUCAAAAAAAGCAUUUCGGGGACUUUCUGCAUCGUCACAUUCAAUGAUCUUUUCAAUCUUCUCUGGAAAGCUGAAGAAAAGCUGCAGAAUUCCCUUUGAAAAUUUUCUGUUUCUUCAUUCUAAAAGGCAAAAAAUGAUAGAGCAUCUUUAAUUUCAGUCAACAGGACCCGUAAACUGAAAUUUUUAAGACACUUAAGACAUUGAGAAUAGAAAUUUUAGAUGCAAUCAAGUUCUUCUUAAGCAAAAAGUGACUGAUCAUCUCUUAUCGUCAGACCUUGUCAUAUUACAGAUUUAGCAGCUGCGGGAAGAUCUCAAUGGUUGCGGAUAACAAUUAUGAUAUUGAAUUUGUUUGCAAUUCUUGCCUUUCGAAAUAAUUACUGUCGAAAUACCAAUAGACUUUUGCUGAUUUCAGCUAACUGGCAUGGACUCGCAGGAACUGACUUUACUGGAAGAUCGAACGGGCCAAAGAAAGAGGGCUAAAGUGAUUGAUAGCCGUGAUUUUGAAGUCACCAGCGAUAAUGUGCUUAACAGGAGAAUACAACUACCACCUGGGAGGCAUGAAAUUCGCUUCAGCAUCCGGGUACCUGAGGAUGAACUCCACAGUUUUACCUACGUGUCGCCCAAGGAUGGUUCAGCUAUCAUAAAUCAGUAUGUUUAAUCCUCCCGCCUGCUCCCCCUCUAAUUACCAGACAAAGUAUUAACAGAGUCUUCCCCGUUAGUACCAGUACCACUUCUUGCAUUUAUUACCGAUCGCCACGCGACUGUCUGCAAAAUUUCUAAAUUGAACGGGACGAGUAUGUCUCCUAAACUUUUAGCGAACAUAGACUAUCAAGAAUGUGAUCCCACAUUAAGACCAAGUCGGGAAAGGCCAAACGAAAUGACCACACCAGAGCGGACUUAACUGUCUACAUGGCCCAAAUAAAAACAAAGGUAGAAGGUGAAAAAACAGUUAGUUAAGCCGAAACAUACACCAGUUGUAGCCUCCGCGUGAAUGUUACAUAAAGACCCACUUAAAGAAAAGUGAGUAAAUGUGGGUUUAGGAAAUGCUUAACAAGUAGAAUAACUCUAAAGAGUAGUGUAUAAACAAAAAAUAUGAAAAAGGACUAUCACAACUUUAUCGGUGAAGGCCCGCACUGCCGUACUGAAUGCUUCUGAUCGCAACCAGUUGAACAACCUGUUCGAGGGUUGGCGACGGUAGAGCGUACGUCCUGUAAACGCCCAGUGACCAAAUAAUCCGCAUUCGGUAUCCUGAGUCGUCCGGACCUGAGCUGAGGUAUAAAUGGUCGUUGAGGACUCGUAAGCCGGAAAUGACUUUCCCAGUCCUCAUUUUCCUUGUCCGUACCUCCCAUAUUACGGCUGACUCAAGUGGUUCAUAUGGUAUCACAGUGGGUAGCCUGAAACUGUGUUGACCAACCGGGUUUGUGUCAGUCGUGCCUCGGCCAUCAGAGCCCAACGACUCAGGUCUUUAAAAUUGGCGCAAUCCGAUUCUAGGUGAACAGUGACAAGGUUCACCGAGGAAAUCAAACUACUGCAAAGAAAGACCAGUUCAGUACUCCUGCCAGUACGCAUAAAAGCACAUUUUCUGGUUUGGAGCGAGCAGCGGUCAAAAGAAGACAUUGCUUAACAAUGCUGACAGACUCAGGCAAAGUAGCAGCAUCCACAGUUUUCAUGCACCCUAAUGUUUUUUCUUCGAAAAGGGUUUUUUAGCCAACGUGCGCGUGAAUGACUAUGACUGUAGACGUAUGCGUGCGCUGAUGCCGCUGCUAAAUCAACUAUACAGUCGCUCAACGCAUCCGUCUACAUUUAUUGAAAAAAACCAGAACGACCUGCAACUGAAUACCUGUUUAACACCUACCGCUGACAGAUGUUUACCGGCCACCAGACUUUGUUAAAAGCAAGGGCAUUUUGUGUGCAUUUCAUGGCGGAAUUCACAGUUUACUAUUUUUGAUCGCCCUUUCCUCUUCAGGCAAUCGAUAAUUGUAAGUCCUUUUGCCUUUCAGUUAUUCUUUAGCGGCAACAGCACGAAUGAAUGGGGUGACUGAAAGCACAGACAGACUGACUUUUCAGGUUCUCAGCGUCUGCAACUCGCAAGGAUCUAUCGGCCUUCUUGACAGCAACAACUUUGUUUGCGUAAUUUCGUUUUCCUUCUUCAAAUGUUUACGCUUUUUCCCGUCUGGUUAUUUUAAAAGUCAGCCGAUCACAGAGGGCAACCACUAUGUCAUAUGAAUGGGUAUGCGAAAGAGUCCCAUGUUUAGUGAAAGCACCACAAAAUAACAAAUUUUGGAAAUCCAUGGAUGUUUUGGCAGAUUUUGAAUAAUUCAUAUUGACCCAACUAUUGAAAUCAAGUUACCCGCCCAACCUACUACAACAGCAGCUAGCUUACUGUAGCAGAUUUGGUGGAUUCCCGACGUUGCAGUAGGUUGGACAGUUAACUUGUCCCAGAUAGUUGGAUCAAUAUGAAUUAUUCAAAAUCUGCCAAAACAUCUAUGUAUUACAUGAGCCUAGUAGCCAUCUGGUGGAUUCCAGGUGAAUUACUCAGAAAAUCCUGUUUGGGCAGUCAGUUUACUCUAUCGGAUUUGUUGGAAAGUCCCUAAACCCACAGCGAGAGUGCUCUGAGGUGACUGCAUAAUCCUAGGGGGAUAAAUCGGAGUCAAGCCCCGUUUUAAGAGCAUGCUUGCAGAAGGGGACCUGUGAAAUGACCGAUGCCAGUCACUUUGGCUCCUUCAACCGGACACAGUACGAGUUUUUAGGGCUGCAGAGAGUCUUCAGGAGCUCAGACCUGACAGAUAUGCGUUCAUAUGCCAAACAGCAACAAAGCGGAGAACAUCUAUUUCGUUCGCUGGCUGGUUAAUUCGGGCUGUUUUCUCACUACGCCUAACUGUGAGGUUACAAAUACACUCCAAAAUGUUUGUCCACGUUGUUCGACCGGCUGACCGUUACGUUAGAUGCUAUACAGAUUAUCAAAAUGCCACAAUCAGUAUCCGUAUCCAUUGCAAAUAGAAGCGAAGAGACGAGUCCCAGGGAGCAGUCUUGAAGAAGGAGACACGAUUGCUGGGAAAAGAGCUUUAUUAGUCUGACGUUUCGGACCUGAUGAUGGGUUCAAGCAGGAAUCCGAGACUUCAGUCUAAUAAAGCGCUUGUCCCAGAGAUUGUUUUUUCUUUAAUAUCUCGCUCCAUCCCCUCUCCCUCUACCUCUCCCAAAAUGAGGUCGGGGUUAAUUCCCACAGGGGAUAGGACUGAAUCACGACAAAUGAUUCGCUAGCAAGAAAAAGGGCCUUCAAAGAGAAGCUGACGACGCUGAAUCGAAAAAAAUCCUUCGCAGCCACCAGGGUAGCCUGUGAUCCGCACAGAGGAAAUUUGCCACUGACCAACUAAGAAUGGACAAAGAUGGUCUCGAGAAAAAUUUACUGAUCCUAGUGUACUCGGCUGAGGACUGCCUGGAAGCCAUCAAGAGACUCUCCGAAUUGGAGAAAAAAUGUUGACUGAUCUUUCCUGACCUCUCCGUAGGAGCAUCGGGACAUUUCUCCAGACGGCAGCUGAAGUCCAAAGACUGAUAAGCAUCGCCAAUAGAAGCGAAGAGACGACUGAUAAGUACAGCAGGUAAGCUAACUCAUUAAAUGUCGACCGAAAUUGCAAAAUGCGUUUUCGUUUCGAAAAGAAUAAUUAAGUAUGGUUGUAAAACCCAUCAUUUUGCGGCACAGUUCUAUAAUAAGUCAGUUACCUGGGGAUGCCGGCUUUCGGAGGAACUUAUUAACGGCCGUAAGCAAAAACCACACUCUGUAAAAAAACUAUUAAAGUGACAUGAAUUUUUCUCAUCGAUUUUCGAUACCCUUAAAAAUUCAAUUAUGUUAUAUGGAAAUUAUGCAUAAAAAUAUUCACUCUUUUAUUCAUUUGAUAGAAAACUGUGUCUUCUUCCUGUUUUAUAUUUGGAAGAAGGGUAAUAUUCGAUUUUCAACAACUUUUACAAUUCCCGAAUAAUGUUGAAUCUCGACCUGCCGUUACACUUGCACUCAGGGUUUCCGAAAUACAAACCCGUUUAUUUUCCGCGUAUGGAGAACCACACAUUACUCUACGGUAUCAGGAGGAGACCAUAUGGGGUUCAAAAAAUUUAGCAGUGGGUUUGAGCAAUAUUGUUAGCAUCACAAGCCACAUUGGUAAAUGCAGAAACAUGACGUCUUAUGAACAGACAUUGCACGGUAUUAAAAAUCUCAUAAUUAGAAAUUUUUUUAAAACCGAAUUAAACCCUUCCUUCGAGUGUUAAUUUGGAAAAAGAUGCAAGUUUGUACAAAAUGGUUAAAGAAUAAAAAUUGUAGGCAUGUUUUUCAUGAAAUAUGAUUGAAUGCUUAGGGGCAUCGGAAAUCAAUGGCAAAAUGUAUGUUACCUAAGUAGUCAUCCUUUACAGAUUAUGGAUUUUGCAUGCAGCCGGGAAGAAGUUUGUUCGAAAACUGGCAUCUUGAGGUGAUUGAAGUAAUAAAGAAUUUUACUGCACGAUGAUUAUUGUUACAACCCUACGUAAUUAAUCUUUUCGAAACGAAAACGCAUUUCGCAAUUUCGGUUAACAUUUCAUGAGUUAGCGCACCUACUGUAUGUUUAGAAACUUGGGGAAAUGGUUUUCUAAACUGCGAAUCGAAUUGUAAUUUUUCGCGAAAAACUGAACCAUUAGAAUGAGUCACCGCUUAAUUCGAAACUUGCCUUAUCUGUAUGUCAGUAUACAGUUCUUCUGUAAUAAGCACCCUAGAAGUGGCAUAUUGUAAGGCUGCACAAGAGCCCUGUGUUCUGUAAGACGUUCGAUACUGUACACGAUUUACACUGAACGACGUCGUAAGUGCGGAAUAAAUAAAGAGAAUCAUAAAGAUGCGCUGCGCGUACGUUUACUUAAAACUAAACGAGCGUACAGUAGCGUUUUAAUUGCAUUAUUCUUACGGUAGAAGCCUUUAUACGCAGCUGUUUAGGCCUUUAUUGGUAUUCUGUUUGUGCCUAGCGGUUUAACAGCCUCCAGCCCCACUGACACCAUUAAGGAACCGUAAAAUUUCAAUUUAUCUUCCUUCUCUAGAUUUGCAAAGGUUUCUGUGUAGAAUUUUGUCCAAAGAAAUAAUUUUACUAUUGAAUAUUUACUUCAAAACCAAACAUCAAAAACACAUAAACUGUGACCGUCACUUGUGACUUUGCUUCCGACUAAGGAGACUGCGUACGUGACUGAAUUCAAGUAAAGCUAAUACUACCUUUCUGUCGGAUUUGCACAUUAUAACUAACAAGAAAAGACCCUGUCAAGGGCUUUCUUCACUAACUGACAAAUGUUUCCUAUUGCCAGAUUCCAAAAAAGGUUCUUAGGCGUACAGAAGGACUGUCUUUUGCGUUGGCUCAAACAACAGACGGAUACUACCCGCAGUAUGAGAGUAUCCAGGCUGUGGCCCUAAGACGGACGAGAUUUCCAUCGACCGGAGAGGAGGAGGAGGUCCGAAUGACCCCAACGCUGACCCUUCUACCGCAGUCCUCACCUAAUUCAUCCUCGGUUAUCAAGGAGUACAAGAGGGCGACGCCCAGGGCGAAAAUACCCCCCAAGUUCACGCAGGUCUUCGAAUGUAAAAACUUAAAACUAACAUCUCAAGCGCCUUCUGUGUGGUGCGAGGACUUCGUGUGUGAUUAUUAUCUACGGGUAAGAUCUUUAGACACUAAGGCGUCAUGUUAAUUUUUUGGGAUGGGUGGCUUUGAAGGAGUCACCAAGAGCGUUGUGAAGGGAGCGUUUUCAAGCAGAGAUCUGAUUAGUUAAUUAAAAUACUUUAAAAUGUAAAACUGCAAGGGCAUUUUUGCUGCAUAAUGUGGUUAUUUUGGAUGGUAAUAUUUUAAACAUUUGAUACUUUUACUUACUGAGGCCAGUUAAAUUCCUGUGCUUAAUCGAUAGCAAUGCCUGAGUAUAAGAAAUUAUGAGACAACGUUUUUUAGGACACGCUGUCGAAUUUUUAAGCAAAUCGGUCGACUAUGGAAAUCGACGUUUUGAAGUUCAAAUGUCUCACUGAUAAGAACACCGCAGAAAUUUCCUGUGUCGAAAUAUGUCUUGCGAAACUGAACUUCCGUCGUCAGCAGGCAUUUUCGUUUUGCGAUAACUAAGUAUAUGCAGUAGUGUGCACAGUGAAACGGGCAUCGACCGGUCAGGUUACGGUAUACGUUCGCCCUGUUGAACUUUUGGGGCUCCAUUAGAGCUUUUGCGGACAUCCACACAUAGAUUAGUAGUUAUGUGGGAUGGAGUGGUAACAAAAAUUUGGAGAGACCAGGCGGAGAGCUUCUGACCUAAAAGACGUCCUCAGUCAGCCACACCUAUGGACAGUACGACCGUCGAUUCCGGCGAGGUCCACCGCGUGCUACCCAGCAAGGUGGACAAGACACGAUGACUUGCGCGUUAAUUAGCUUGUAUUGAUAGUAGACUUGCGCCGCAUCUACCGCACUCUGUCUUCCCCACUCCCCACCUGGACCCGGUGUUAGGACAGAGUCAAGAAGUCCGGAGGCGGGGUGGAUGGGGCGCAGGUGGCUGGCCGGAUGGAGCCCUCACCUAGGCGUGCCUUCACACGCCCUGAUCCACAACACCCACCUGGCCAGGACAUUUCACCAACAAUGACAACACUCCAACCGGGGUCAAAAGGGCGAGGAUACUUGGCAGCCGUACCCAACACCUGUAUACACAGCGGGAGCGCAAACGCAUCUUCCAUCAGGGCGCCAGGUUUCAAGGAGCUUCCAGCGCAUAUUAGGCUGCGAGAACCAUGGUUUGCCGAUUCUGGCGUAGUACACGCUUUUAGACCACUAUAAAUAUACGUAUUUUUUUGCUCCUGCCGGUCUUGAAUUGUUCAGUGUUGCCGCUUGCCUCGUAUUACAGCCGUGCUCGACGCACGAACUUUAACCUGCCUGUUUGCCGUUGACUGGCUUAGACCUCCCCGGGGCUGACCGCUGACAGGCCUGCGGACAUUUGUUCCCUUUGGGGUCGGCGUAAUUGUAGUCAAAUCAACUUGCCGCUUGGCCUCUCCAACGUCAGUCGGUUGACUGAUCGGUCGUUGCUGUUCUUGUGAGCAGCAUUUGACUUCGCGGGCGCAUCGGGUAGACAGUGUUCGGCAUUGGUCACAUGACCUCUGGCCCCCAACUCCGCUCUUUUCCGUUAGCGUUGACUCUCGGUCACGCGUGCUCGCUUUCCUAACUGGUCCUGUCCGGACUGAUCCGAGACUUGCACGCAACGCCUGGUAGGCGGGAUGAAGAUCUAUAGCUCAGUUAAGUGCGCCAGUCGAGGACCAAAUUUCGAGCAUCAGUCUGGUCAUCUUCUAUUUGGCUCGAACAAUUACCCUCGCUUUCUCAAAGGCAAAAUCCUGGUUCGUUUUUUGUAUGUGGUCAUAGAUCAAAGACAGAUUGUCCUUGCGGUUGAUUACAAGUUGGUUUUCGUGCAAUCUUGUACCGAGCGUCUGCCCGUUUCACCAACAUACAUCGCAUUGUAAUUUAGGCAUGAUAUUUUGUAGACCACCACCGACUGUUCUGUUGUUGGUAGCGGACCUUUGGGCUUCCGGAUUUGCUGUUUGAUGAUGCAAUUUGGUUUAUAAGCCACGCCAAUCCCAAAAGGUUUCAGGAUUCUCGCCGUCGCCUCUGUUAUGGCGACAGGACAACUAACCCGUGGCUCAUUGGUAGAGCGUUCGGCUCAAUGACCGAAGAUCCCGGGCUCAAAUCCCAGGUGGUUACACUUAGGAUUGGAUAUGACUGACUGGCGACUGUUAAUAAGCCAGAAUUGGCCUUUGUUGGUCUCCUUUGUCUUUGUCGUUAUCACCUCAUCCACAUAUAUAUGGCGUGCUAGAACUUUUUGAGUAGCUUGACGCAGUUCUGGUAUAUAAACGAAGGUUUGGAUAGCUAAAAAGUGCGCCAUUGUAAAUCCCUGCUAUGCCUACUGGAUGUUCAUUUACUGUAACAAAUUUCUUGACUGAAAGAUGCAUAACAGUUAAAACGUAAAUGAUGGUGACUCAAGAUACGUAAGGAAUCAACCAAAUGACUGAAUAAUGGUCAGCGGCGUGCACCAUCCCAACGUAUUUGUCCAUAGUAGAUUAAGUCUAGGUCGAAAAUGAAUUUAGUUUGCGGCAAAAAUUGUUCCCUGAGAUCCGCGCUAUUGCCAUACUACACCAUAUAGUAAAUGUAAUGGUUUCAUUGGUGCUUUGACGAACCAUUAUAUAUUUCCACGGUUUGUCUGCUAUUUUGUCGGCUGCCCAAGAAGAAUACUCAUACACUUAUUAAUUAUGUGAUUAUUUACUGUACUGACAACAUAGGUACUAGCUGAAGGCUUUUUACCUAGUACCCAUGUGGUCAGUGCGGUAAAUAAUUACACAACUCUAAACUGCCCGCUACCUUUUGGCUGUCUGUGAGUAUUACCCGGUUAUUCCGCAGUAGCUGAUGGAUUUCAUAUCAAAUUUCCGGCGGUGCCUGAAAAGAUCUGUUCCGACGGAGCUACUCCACGUUUGAGCAUUAAUUUCCUCGGAAAGUAAACGAGGCACUUACUUAAUGUUGGUUGUGUGAUGAUCUUCCCUCUAAUGCAGAGCUCUGUAUAGACAAAUUUUAUUCCCUUUUUAUGGUUACUACCAACAAAAGCAUACCACAACCCAUCAUGCAGUCAUUUCGUCUGCAGAAUGCGUGCGAAGUACCGUUUGCUGCGUCUUAUAUGCCUGAACUCCACUGUGAUUCCCAUAUCAAGCGGCGAUGGUGAACAGAAACCGUGAACAAAUUGAUCUGCAAGAUUUUUCCUCAGUAUGUAAGCCACUAUGGUCAAUGUUUAUUUCACCAACGCUAAGUCGCGGAUCUAUCUUCUGCCCUAGUUCAGAACGUAAACAGUAUAUUUGUUUAAGCUCUGUAUGACAACGCAUAAGUGGUUAAUUUAUCCUCCUCAUAUUUUAAAAAGCCCCAUUUCCGGUGGACGGCAAAUUUGACUUUCAUCUUCAUUCAGAUCGACGCGGAUGGAACGGCCUACGAGGCACCCUUUGCAAUCGUUGAUGACAACGAAUCAGAACCAAGUACUUACUACCUCAAUCCAGAAACUGUGAAUGCCACGAGGUUCAAGAUCGUCAGUCAACAAUUUUAGGGCAUUCACCUACCGUGAUUAUGUGAAUUGGCCCUGCGACAACGCUGCCCUGACAUAUAAAAGAGGACAAAAUAGGCAUUUUUUUAAAAAGUGACAACUUCAUUCCCAUUUAAAUUCUACACACAUCAAUGCUUGUGGUGUCCGUCUUACAGUAAAUGGCUCAAUCUCGCUGUGGAAUUUCUGGCAUUCCUAGGUAUCCCCUAACUCCGAGCCUCCCAUAACGCAUCCCGGCACAUGCGGCGGGGCCCAGUCACGUGUGGUCGGCGUAGACGCGUUAGUUUACAUUGCUAGUCACCGCGCCGGCGCUCAACUCGAGUCGGGCUGACGGAGAAAAUGGUGUGGUAUAUGCUGCCUAAAUCUAUCUCAGUAUAAACGGAUUUUUGGAGAAGGAGAAACGAUCCCUGGGACAAGAGCUUUAUUAGCCUGGCGUUUCGGAUUACCGCUCGAACCCAUCAUCAGAGACAAAAAAGCAGAUACGGGUGGUUCAUGCACAAGGGGCUGCAGUAUUUAUAGGAUGCAGUCGACAUGCUACCGCAUGCCUAUGAAUAUUCACGCCCCCCCCCCCCCCUUCAUCAGGGACUGUUGCACUUGGCGUGCUGGUAAUUUGAUGGUCGACAUUCGCGUCCUUACUUGCUGCAAUUUCAUCACGUGCGUUGGAUGUUGGUGUGAUGAUUGCUCGACCAUCUGACCCACGGGCCCUGGGGUUGGUAAAAGUGUUCACUUGUGCGCUCCCCGAGUGGGUAAUUACUCCGCCUAGGCGAAGUCUCAGCACUGAGUAUGGAAGGGGAAGAUCAUAGCACUUGUUAAUGGACUGGGGGCCGUAAACCAUGACUUAAGUAGCUCCCGGCUCACGCUGUUGUCACAUCUAACAAGCGUUUCCUUAUGUCAAGAACGUUUCGGAAGCUGUCAACCGCCUUCUCGCACCAUUUUAGGUUGGAGUUGCACACAGACCGAAGACAACCAUAAGGCGUGAGAUAAUGAAACCGAAAGAUCUGCUGCCACGGCAAGAAACGUGGGGAGUCGUUUAUCUGAUCUGGUGCAGUUGCGGGCAAAGCAACUACGUCGGAGAAACCGGAAGACAGCUCCUGACGUGGAUGGCCGAACACGCUGCAGCGGUGCGGAGAAACGAUGCCAGCACCCAAUUUGCGGCUCAUUCAACGAGAUACGGCCACAUACUUAAAGUCAACGGGGUCGACAUUCGCGCAAGAGGUGACAACCGCGUAAGCCGGAAGCUGCUUAAGUCAUGGUUUACGGGCCCCCAGUCCAUUAACAAGUGCUAUGAUCUUCCCCUUCCAUACUCAGUGCUGAGACUUCGCCUAGGCGGAGUAAUUACCCACUCGGGGAGCGCACAAGUGAACACUUUUACCAACCCCAGGGCCCGUGGGUCAGAUGGUCGAGCAAUCAUCACACCAACAUCCAACGCACGUGAUGAAAUUGCAGCAAGUAAGGACGCGAAUGUCGACCAUCAAAUUACCAGCACGCCAAGUGCAACAGUCCCUGAUGAAGGAGGGAAGCUUGAACAUUCAUAGCUAUGCGGUAGCAUGGCUACUGCAUCUUAUAAAUACUGCAGCCCCUUGUGCAUGAACCACCCGUAUCUGCUUUUUUGUCUCUGAUGAUGGGUUCGAGCGGUAAUCCGAAACGCCAGGCUAAUAAAACUCUUGUUUCAGCGAUCGUUUCUCCUUUAUCAAGACUGCUUCCUGGGACUCCUAUCUUCGUUUAUAUUGAUAAUAAACUGUUUCACACGCCAGUCAGCUGUCCCGCGCGCAUUCGGUACACGCAGUAGACAUUGUAAAUUCUGAGAGUUGAAAUGUCCCUCAAUCACCCACCAGGAUGCAUCAACGAUAGAAGAUUCUGUGCAUCUACCUUUUAGACUAUGUUAAGAGGUUGAUGUUUUUUAUACGAACUGCAAUAGGCAAUAAAGUUUGGCUUUAGUGCCACUCCGUUGAUCAUUAGUUGGGGCCGUCAGAACACCGUAAAAAUUUAAUUCGGCCGAAUCAAGCAUUCAAUCAAAACAAUUCCCCGGAGCAAGUUGAAAACAUUUUCGGUGUCUUUAUGCGAAACCAUUCGAAAUGCGAAAUGCCAGCCCGAACACUGUGGAUGAAGAACUGGCUUAGCAUACUCGAUCAGGUACAACGCAAGGUGGCGAUGGUGGUUUAUGAUAUAAAAAAUCUGUCACAUUUGGAUAAGAUGAGAGAGCUUGACAUAUCCUCUCUGUUUAACCGGUACCCAAACUGUAGCCUGCUUUGAGCAUUCUGGUUUGUCCGUUGACUUGUAUGCUCACUGAAUCCGGGACUUGCGCAAAACAGAUUACCUGUGUGGUCAGCGUGCCAAAUUAAAUGCGAAUGUUCCUUUCUCCGGCCAGCGGGUAGUUCGACUAGGGUAUUUAUUAUUAAUUUAGAUGGUGGUUUGCAGUACCACUUUUCUGUUUUCUAGAAAGUAUGACUUCAUGGUGUAAGACUAAGACCGUCUUCUACAACCCUUUCGGCCAAUUUUAAAGGAAUUCGCAGAUUACACUACUGGCGACGGUAGGAUAAGGGGAAGUCUACUGGAAGAAGGGCAGCGGUGUGGCGAAGGGUCCCGCUUAAAUGCCGGCAGACUGUGGAUCGUGCCAUAUGGGAUUUUAUCUUGGCAUCCAUCUAUAGGCGGUGGCAGACACUACACUGCCGACAACAGUUACUUCCCAUGACCUAAAAGCAUUUGUAGCGGCACAGCAGUGAGAAUAAGUGCUCUGAACGCUACAAAUCCCAUGUUGGAAGGAGAAGAAAAAAGGAACCAGAAUGUGGGGUUAAAUGUAUACAAAACCCAUAGUUGUCUACUCAGGCGGCAGUGGCCGCUGGCGAAGCCAGGACUGGUGUUGACUUCGUCCAGUCAGGCCUGAGAGUCCCUGGGAUAGUGGUGGCAGCCGCUUUUGUAGGCUCGUGGGCCCAGCUCACGCGGUGGCCAGUCAGUGUGCGUUGCAGUUACCAAGGUGUGGUGUCCCAUUGGCUCAUUUUGCUAGUUGCAGGGGGUGGCGCGUUCAAGUAGCGCAUGAGUAGCCGCGACUGUGCGGACGCAGGUAUGCCCGAGUUGUCGGUCGUGUGACUUCAGUUCAGCGCGUCUGGAACGACUUACUGCAAAGGGGUCAAUGACCUUGAGGCAGUGAGGUCUUGAACAAUGGCGCCAUACCGCUCAUGAUGCCUGCCCGCUACACAUUGCUGAAACUGCGCUAUCUCUUUGAAAAUUUGAUUUUUGUUUAUUUUUCAGUAAACACACUCGUUUCCGUUGUCGUGUGAAAGCGUACGAUAAGACUUUUGGCAGAAAUCCAGGCAAUUUCUGUGUUUAUCUUGCAUUUCGCCAGCUUGCUGUCUAAAGCGCUGCUCACCCCUAAAACCCCCACAAUUCCCGUAUGACACGAUGCACGGUCUACCGACAGUUAAGUGAAGUCCUUCACCCUGACGUUGCCUACACUACCCCCUUACUGAUACACUUUAAGCAGCAGUAGUCAUAUAAGUAUUGCGCUAUAAUAUGCACAAAACACACUGAAAAAAACUUGCACAUUCCUAUGGACUUAGGUAGCCAAACUCAUUCUACCUAAAUAAAGCCGUCAGGGUGUUCGGCUGUACAACCGAGCUUUACCCAAGACCAUGCAGCCGGGAUAUCGAGGUGAAUAUCGUGUACAAUAUUCUCAGGGUGAAAUGGAAGACUCAUAAAUCAAUCAGAACGGAACGGCAUGUCGUAGCUGUUCACUGGCGUAAACGCCAAACAAAUAUUGGUUUUUAAGGAGACUUAGAACGGUAACUGUUUUGGGUACACGCUAUGUGCUUCUGAAGUCGACAGGAAGAACCGGUGUGGAAAAUUCAUACGCUAAAGUUUAUUUUUCCAUAGAGUUAUUUAGCCUAAACCUGUAUUACUUGGAAUGAGAACUUUCCAAUUAACAUAAAUAUGAAAAGAAAAGGCGAUCUUUGGAACCAUAAUUAUGUUGUUUUUACGUCUCAAAAGCGCACAAGCUUCCUUCGUCGGAGGUGGGUAUCGUACUCUGCCCCACAGGAUUAAGAGAGGGUGAAGGCCACGUUAGCGCGAUGUUUGUAGGACGGGUGUAUCGUAACAGUUGACAUAGCAGGAAGGAAGGGGUGGGGAGUCGUUAUUCGUCAUGCCUGCCGCUGGGAGGGAAGAGGCGCGUCUCACCCACAUACAGAGCCACAGGGAUCGCCACACUAACAGUCAUGGCUGAGGGGGAGGGAAGGUGUUUGUCGUCAAUCCACAUGCCUCCCCGAGUUGGGGGUCUGCGUUUGGACGAUGACGGCCAUCACCCACACCCACACUAGCCUUAGUUGCCGUCCUGGACUGUCGGUCUUAUGUGCUCCCUUCUGACUGUAUUCAUCCUCAUCGGUCGGAGUAGUGGUUAGGUCAGCAGUAUUGACUACUAUGCCAUUGGUAUGGUGACGCUCAUCGAUCGUUUUUACGGAACUCACUCGUCCCGUUGUGCCUUACGGGAUAUCUCUCUCGAUCCCAACCAGCAGCCGCACAGCGGCGCGUGUCGGUAAUAAGGUUCUGCCUAUGACAUUGUCAGCUCUGGGCAGUGAUGCGACUACGUGCGUUGUAGGUUCGCUGGACGCAGCUCAGCGUACGGAAGUGCAGGGACGAAGCUUGAAGUCCAACGGGCAAAUCACAGAAGGCUCCCCUGCGGGUGUAGAGGACUGAUCGGUUUAUGAAGGGAUCGGUGUAAGUCACCUUCAAGCAAUCGACUGAGACCACCUCGGAGGGGUCGCUAAGUACCAUUUUGAAAUGCUCGUCUGCAGUUUUGAUGGGUUUGGCUCGUCAGUGGGUUCUCCACCGUUCAUCGUGUGCUCUCCGGUUUUUCGCUGCUAGCCCUGUUAAUUUCACUCAGAAGUAACCUUUUGGGCCCAAUCUAAAAAUUCACGCACCAGCAGCUGGUCCUACGGGCAUUCCGUGGUAUACGCAGUAAUUUUGUGGCAGCCGGAAUAUUUCUCGACAAGGAUUUAACACUUGUAAAAGUUUCUGCGCCCUUGCCAUCAGACAAAAUUGAGUUUCUACAGCGAAUUUGAGCAAUGCUUUCAAAAUCAGGUGUAUUCAUCCCUCUCUUUUUUUCUCUCUCUUGUGUGAACAGAAGUAGUCGAUGAAAUUUGAUCCUUUGUCAAUUUGCUGGCCAUUAGAUAAAGCCCGUAGAGAUGGGCUUGAUAUUAAAUGGCACAGAGCCUACAACGCUUGAUCGAAUGCUCCAAAUGAAGUCUACCAAAUAAUCCGACUAUCUUGAACAAGAGGCAGUCAGAAACAUUUACAGACGUCCUCUUAAGGUGUGGAGUACGCACAUCGUAAUUUUCCCCACCAAGAACGCUCGUUGAAUAAAGCUUAAGAGCCGGCAGUUAACGCAUUAAGAUCCGGCUGAGAUAUUACAUCUUGUAUUCAGCUGAGAAAAUAUUCUGGCUGGUCUACGAAUGCACCUGGAUUAUCUGGCCGAAGUAAUGUGAAGUUGGUGAUAUUGAGUCGUAGAUUCCAGUCACUUGGUUAUUUGACCUCCUGACUUACUUUAGUCUGCAAGGUGCCGUAUUUGGGAACUCAACUAAUGGCGUUCCAAGUCUUUGCAUCGUUCGAAGUCACUCAUGUUUCCGAGUCGGAAACAUUGCACAUUCGCCUACUUAUAAGAGGAAUAAAGUAGACUUUAGCACUGGAACCUGGGCAACUGCGCGCACGACUGUUGCAGGAGUAACUGUCUCCUGAGUGACUGAAACAGAGAAUUAGAUUGUUGAUCGUCACAUUUACUGAUAGUAUUAAAACAUGGGGAGAGGGCAAGUGUGCAGACAGUUUUAUGAUUUGUCAUCGACUAUCGAAAAACUGGGUGUUUAAUAAAGAAUGCGUCUCUUAUUGCUAAUGUGUUGUUUUCUAUGUGGAGGCAGUCCGAAAUAUUCGCCGAAGCACCAUAUCUCUAUUGACGGCUUUCGCGAAUACGCAUGGAAGCAGAAAUAUACCGGCACGUGAAUGGUCACUGCUCAGUACUUUUUGCAUUGUCCGGUUGCAAAACCGCUAUAUUUAGGCACUAUGCGCAACAGUAACCAUAUGCAAACAUGUUGUAAUAUCCGCCCACUUAUUAGGCUUAGAGAUGAAAGCCUAUUCAAAAUAAACAAAACCAAAAGGUGUUAUCCUCUAACUCCUUUUAAAUAAAUACAUGUUUGACAACGGAGAUGAUAUACAAAAACGAGAAAGUUCGUCGGAAAAUAGAGCCGUAUUCAUGAAUUUUGAAGCUGGUCACACCAACCCGUCUUCAGACGAGAUGAGUAGUGGGAAGUGGUUGUGCAAUUAUUUACCUUACUGACAACACAGGUACUAGCUAUAGACCCAGACACGCGUGUUUCGCCAAUCUUGGGCAGCUGCCUGACGCAAUUGCGAGUGGUUCGGUUAAUCAGUGGGUCCACCACCCUUCCCUGUGUAUUUUCCGGGUAAUGAGGGAGAUAAUCGGACCGGAGCGCUGAGAGACAUCGAGGUUACAUCGACAGAACAGGUGUCCAUGCGAGGAGGUGAAUAGCGUGUUUAGAUAGGUGCCGGGAGUCAUGGGGAGUGUUGGGAGUUUCAGUUAUGGUUUAAUGUAUCGGGGAGAUACGACGUCCAGGAUGUUCUACGUGGUCGAAGAUGGGCUAGCAGCUGGUGUUUUAGGGUGCGCGUAAGGCAGUUAUCCAUGAGCGCAAACAUUCUUAGUGAGCGUCCAGGUCGACAUGGAGUUGGUGCCGUUGUUGUUAGAGUAGCAGUCUUCGAGAAGCUCUCGUGCCUACUUUGUGUGAGCACUGGCGAUUACUUCACCCCCGUUCAAAUCGAAACUGUGAUUACGCUCAAGGAGGUGCGUAAACACGAGAAACAAGGGGUCCCGCUUCGGCGGAUGGCCAAAUUUUGUUCGAUAAUGCGAGCCUCAAGUCAUCGGCCGGUAGGCCCAACAUAGACGCAAGAACAGUGAGCACACGGAAUUCGGUAGACGACAGCAUAUGUAUGUAUACAUAUGCAUGUUUAAUGCUAAAAGGGCGUUCGCCGACCAAUUUACGAAACUCAUUCGGCCCGUUUUGCCUUGGGGAUCUCUCGCGUGUCCCGCCAACAACCGCACUGCGGCGCGUAACAUCGGCAGAUUGGCAUUUCCGACAAAUCAAGGAAAGCUAAAAUGGCUAUUUCUUGCUUAUUAGCCGUCUUCAGUCAGCCGUACCCUCUAUAGAAGUGUGCAACCCCUGAGACAAGUGGGUUUCGUAAUGUAAUCGACGAACGUACUUGUGCCGUUGUAUAUACCUGAUCUUAAGCCAUAGGACAACGAAUCCGUGGCUCAGUGGUUAGAGACGUUGGAUCUCUAACUAACACGUCGGGGGAUCGAGCCCCAUGGGUUGGGUGAGUCGGUCUGAUGACGACGACUAAUACGCCACAAAUGGUCAUUACAGUCUCCCUUUUCUUUGUCGGUUAUCAUAUUCUGGUUAUACAUACUGAUAUAUAGGCAGAAUGGUAUUACCGACAAAGACAAGGGAGACUGGAAUGGCCAUUUCUGGCUUAUUAGCCGUCGUCAGCCAGCCAUACCCAAUCCCGAAGUGUGGAACACCCGAGCCUCGAACUCGCGACCUGUUGGUUUAGAAGUCCACGCCUCUACCCACCGGGCCACGAGCCCGCUGCCCUGAUAUAUGCACGUCCACUUGGGACAAAUUGUCUCGUCUCCUAACCGCCUCCUGUUGCUUGUGUAUUCGGGUUGGGGAAUAUUUCCCCGUUUGUACUUGGUGCUUUGUAGCAAGCUCGGGUACACAUUUCACAUAUGGUUGCUUUUGUUGCCCGAACGGUCGUAGUUUUCGAAAGAUUGGAUUGUUGUUGCUUCAUGCACUGAUGAACAAAGUCAAGCUGUAGUUCUUUCCGGAAAGUAGUAUUAAAAUAUUGAUUUCUUUUGGGUAAAUUUUUUCAUUGGAACAGCGAGUUGUAGCCCGACCUUAUAAGAUACUAACAGAGUCGCAUUUGUGGAGGAAUUGACUAUGGCCUAUAAAAUGGCAGAUUAUCUCGAAGUAUGUUUUUUGAGAUAAACGGAAGUUUGCAGUGUUCAAUCGGCUGUCGGCGCAGUGGGCAACUUAGGAAUAAAAGUUGUGCAUUUACCUUUCUUUAGCGGUUAGGUGGAAUUACCGAAAAAUAGAAGUUAGCGUUGCUGUAUAGUAUUUCUAAUUGACCUUUAUUGAUGAUAACGAACGUAUCUUCUAUGUCGUGCAGUAACCAGUUUAAGUUAACUGUGGAGAGAGAGAGUGAGCUAGAGCGUCCAAUUUCUGCAUUGCAUCGUCCGACAAAAAGGCAGAUAUUUGUGAACUGUUGAGGACGCCCCUUAAUUUUAUAUGAUAUUAGCCGGCAAAUAAAACGUAUGUUUCUGACAAAUAUCGAGGAAUAUAAGCAGGACCUCCGCAGGUACAUCAAUAUGGCUACCUGGAACGCAUCGUCACAUAUCUUCGCUGCUAGCUUGUGUGUGUGCAUAUAGGUGGAGAGUUAUUUCUUAGUCUGGCCUUAAUAGAUUGCACUUCAAAUGACGCAAGGGGCUUUCAGAACACUUUCUUAGGGUCUACAGUCUUGAUGGGCAAGGCGAUUUCAGGCUCCUACGUGACCUAUGCAUGGACGUUUUCGAUCUCUUUUUCGACGAGCUUGGAUACAUUCUACACAGAAGAGAGAGGUGUCUAGCCGGCUGGCUCUGGCAUCUGAGUGGUCGUACGUCUAUAAAAGUCUUUUUUCCUCGAACCUUCGUUGUCGCACGCAUCAGUGGACAAAUUCAUUAAGGAGUUCAUUCUGGAAAAGGAUUUAAAAAUGCUAUUUCAUUUCUGAUCGAUAUACCUACUCCAAAUUAAAUUUCUUGGGAUGCCCUUUCUCCAAUACAUCUACGUCUGAACUAUGGGUCCUAGCACGCUUAACAAGCUGUUAACAAAGCAGCGUUUAUGAGGAAUAGUGGGGUUGCACCCAAAGGUUAGAUUAACGUCGGAGUAUGUAUUUUGUAUGCACUUUACAGCGCUCCAUCAGACUUUUGGUGCAAAAGGACAUCUAUGAAUGUGGGUUGUCCAUUGCUCUCUGCUUCGAAAACAAGCUAGAUUCUUGUGAAAGUGGAGCUAGAUUUUUUACAAGGUAAAAUUAUAACUAAUCUCUUCAACAAUUACACGCUAAAUUUAUUUCGAUCCAACUACGAAAAACUUGGUGCCUCGUCGGGAUUCGAACCCACGUCAGCAAGGAGAAGGCUUUAGUACAACCAUCGCUCUAGUUACGAGGCCCCACCGGACGACUCGAGUUUAAUUACAUUUGGGUCAAGUUUACCCGCCCGACCUACUACAGCAUCCGAAUCAAUUAAAUCUGAUACAGUUAGCUGACCGCCUAAUCAAUACAUCUAGAAUUCACCAGAUGAAUAUCAGGCUCAUAUAAUUCAUAAGUGUUACAGUAAAUUUCAAAUAAUUCAUCUUGACCAUAACACCUAUGAAUGACACUUGUGUUGCAUGUGUAAAGUACUCACUACCUCGGACUAACUGCGGGGAACGCGGAAGCUUCGAAUCUCUGCACUAUCGUUUCCGUCGAAAGACACAUAUUGGUGACCCCAUGGAGGUGCUUCUUAGAUUACCAUGUUAGUGCUCAGGGAGAGGUAUGUUUGUUUCUAUACGAAGAUCAUGGAGUUCAAGAAAGGCUUCCAUUGGUAUAUUGGUAGUGUAGGUCUGCUUGACCAGUUGUCAAUCUUCAUUGGUGUCGUCUGUAAGGAUGGUGCCCCAGUCGGGGUCAGUUGAAAGCGCCCUUCUUCGAGUGAAGUCACGUCGCCAGAUGCCACGUCCUCCCUGGCAUAGACUGUGUCGAGUUAAGGAUGAAAAAUAAUCCGACGUAAGCAUCAUAUAGCCAUUUCGACAGAGAUGGGACUAGGUGACGCAGUCACCAAUACGUCUGCUGUUCCAGCAGAAGACAAAUGCAAGCUUCAGAACAUUUGCCCUGAUCUGUUACCCAACAUUCAGUGAAUACUGCCUCCACCCUUUCAUACAGAACACAGUAGUCGAAAGGCGACUUCGGAGAUUGUGCGCACGCAAUUACCCGGCUAAUUAAUUGCGAGUUGGAUUUGCCUACAAUUAAGACAUCGGGCGACUAGAGAAUUUACUUAACUGCAUUACUAUGUAACUGCCAGAGAAGUUAUCUGACCUUGGAGAGCGUUGGCGUUGUAUUCAUGGAAGCGCGGUAAAUCCCCAGUCUUGCUAGUCAGUCAAAUGGUUUUAACGUUGCAGGCAGCCAUGGCUAGCAUUUCAGAUACGUUUGGGGCUUCGUUCACACACUUUACCAUUCUGCCGCUGAUAGGUUUUGGUGUAAAUUCACAUUCUUUUGAAUGACUGUUCUUCCAAAGAAAACAAAUUUGCUUUCUCUAUCCUUCGGCCUUAUAAAGUUCACGGCGUUUCAAACGUCCUUAGGUUAACCUUUUCUUCAAGGAACCAGCAUAAUUUGUUCAUUUAACCACAGCACAUUUUGUAGGUUGCAGUCGCCAUAAUCCUGCCUGAUAGUUUCUCGUUUUUGCAUCCCUAUCAUUUCCGGAAUUUUUACUUUUGUGUGCGAAUGCAGUACUCAGCCUAGGAGGCCACAAAAGAACAAAACCCCAUGGAACUCGAAAGUUUAGAGUACUAUAGUCUGCUUACGCAAAAUCCUAAAAAACAAAUAUUGCCUGUUGACCCAGCAGGUGACAGGACAUAUCACGGAUCCCGGAUACCCAGACCGUGAGGUCGACUGACGAGAUGGGCAUCGUGUCAUAUAGAAACUAAUCUGACUGCUGAAACGACCACAACACGAUUAAGACUUACAGGCCCAUUGAGAGCAAUUGCUCCCACGAAGACUUUGCUUCGGACAAGAACAAACAGGGUGGAAGAAUCAAUGUCAAACUAACACGCUGAAGACCCGGCCAAUUACCACCCAUCGGCCGUCACAAAAUCAACCAAGAAACUGGAGGAAAGCUAGCGAGGGAGCAACAGACAUGGUGACUAGUCGUAAAAUCCGGAGGCAGUCAUUUUCGAAACCAAACAAACGGAAGAAACUAAGGUGAGGCGGUAUUUGCACAGGGCAUCAAUAAUCCCCACCACAGAUAGUAAAACGUCGCUAUAACUUGGACUCUUCUGACUAGGCCUUCAUUGUAACGCCAUCUUUUCGGCUCCGUUCGCCUUGGUCGGACACCUUAUUAGACACAAAAAUAAGGACACAGGCACCAAGCAGGUUUGCAACCCCCAGCGCCUGGAUCACUGGGUGAAACCGGCCAGGAAGAACCCUUGCAGAUUAGGUUGACUUUUCUGAAAGGAACUGGCAUAAUUUAUUUGUUUUUUCAGUUUAGUUUGAAGAGAUCGCAUUCGCAAUAGGUUUAUCUAGUCAAUAUUCGCUUUUGCAUCCCUAAUGCUUUCAGAAUUUAUACAUCCACGUCUGAAUGAAGUAGUCGUUCUAGGAGGUUAUGAGAAAGAGGAUGAUGCGGCGACCCUAAAGUUAGGUUUCAUAGCAUUUAGGAAUGCGAUAAACUCAUUCAAGUCAUAAUUCCUCCACUUUUUGGACAUUUGAUUCGAGGUCAGUUAAUUCCGUGGGGGUAACGUGCGCCGACUGUCCCAAAAUAACCAUGAUAACACUUAUGGGUUGUAUAAUUUUUAAACAAAAUUAAUAAACUGACGGAUGCGAUACCUUUUGAGCGAAAGCUUCACAGCCUUGCGUCAUGUGCACAUUUAGAGAAGAAGUAGUUAGCUACCACAUGGGUCCAAUAGAGAGAAACGUGUGCACGUUUUCUGUAGAACGCACUGGAAUUUUUAAGGACAUUAAAAAUCAAUUUGAAAAUUCAUUCCACUUAAGAAGUCAUUUUUACAGCGUAUAGUUUUAGCAGGCGACCAAAAAGAUGUUCGUUUAAAAACUGGCAUCCUGUCGUGACUGAAAUACCUUGAAAUUAGCCUGCAUGAUACCUACUUAAGUAAUCCUUUAGAAACGAGAACACUAACAGAAUUUUGGAAGACACUUCAUGAGAUAGUGAAUCUACUGUUUGCCAAACAGAAUGCAACCACUCAUCCCAUUCCUUACGACCGCUCACUAGAAGGCACCCAACAGAAUGUGGACUGAAAUGCAAAGCGAAGAUCAGUUAUAAAUUAUGAUACAGCGAGUUUGAAAUAUCUCACUUGGGCACUGUUUUUACGAACAGUGGGCUAGGAGUUGUAUCCGGACAAACUGCCCCAAUCUGUUCGCCAUGGUUGGCAAAAGUGAGGGCAUUAAAAACAAGUAGAUAUCCAACUUCUAUAAAUGUAAGCUCUACCCACAUUUUUCCCACAGGGUGAGGGCAUCGUACAUAAGAAUCUGCCUGAUUGGACAGUUAUGAGCCCAUGAUCAAAUGGCCGGUGUCUGUAGCACUGGAUAAAGCUAGUCAUUCCCCUCCCCCCCCUUGUCGUUUAUCCGCCACACACGGUCAGUGACUGAUCACAUUAAAUGUUAAUUGAAAUUCUAGCAUGCGUUUUCGAUUACGAAGGGUUACUGCAAUGGGGCUGUAAGAUUGAUUAUCUUGCGACGUAAUCCCGUGAUAUUUCAGACAGGUCAGCCUGUUGAUUUUUGAGUUUCUUUUCGGCCACCUAAAUAAUCGCACCCGGUGACAAAUGGUUAAUUAUGUAUUAUACACUUUCUCUAUUGAUCUUUGAUGUGCUUAUAACCUCAAAUACAUGUUAUAGAAAACCUCAAUAAAAAUAUUAUUUCUUGCACUUAUUUACUUUUUUUAAAAACUUUUUACUUCAACAGAGAGUUAUUUUGGUUUUAAAGGAGGCGUUUCAGUUCCCUGGUAAUUUUGAACCUGAUUUGUCAUUGGACUUUCCUUGAAGUUUUUAAGUCUUCAAGAUGUAUACUUUCCGUUUAUGUCAUAAAGAAUGUACUACAUUGAGCUCCGAACAUGCCGCAACGGGUAUGGACUACGUUGUAUACUUAAUAAAGAGCGUUAUCAAACAAGUAGACACGAUUUUAUUUGAAUAGGCAUUGCACAGUCUCAAAUAAUCUCAUAACUAAAGACAUUUUUAAAACCCUGAAAAUCCUUUAUUUGAGUAAAACAUGAAGAAAUUGUAGUUUGUUACCAAAUUUAUGCAUGAAAACAAUGUGUCUAUCCGUUUUCUGCAUUGUGUUUCUUAAUUUAUUAGAUUAUCGAAGAUCUGUAGAUAAAAUGCUAUUAAGGAAGUAGUCAUCUUUUACCGAGUCCGUAUUUGUGGGCGGGGAAGAGAAGUGCCGGAAAAUUGACGUUUUUGAAAUUUUUAUGGGACUUUUUUGCAAAAUGACCUGCAAGUCGAAUGCCCUUAACUAAUCCUUCCUAAUCGAAAACACAUUUCAGAAUUUCAACCGACAGUUCAUGAGGUCUUUAAAAGGAUAUCAGUCGCUAAAAUAUUGUCCAUAAUUAAUGUUAACACUCUUUUUGCACAUUCGUUUCCAGCAUAGCACCUAUUAGCAAUGUCUGCGUACAGUAAAACCAUCCGUCCAUCACGUUUCAAGUUUCUUGGCGAAAUUUUCAAUGACGAACAAAAUACCAUGUUUGUGUGUUUGUUCCCUGAAACGGGUCAAGCGGCACAAUGACUAGAUCGGGGUCCAGCAGACGCUAUCAGGACCGCGCAGCCAUAACGAACGCCGGCAUACGACAGACCCACCUGUAUGUUUACGUCCCGCCAUUCGGGAUACCCGCCGCCCCUCACUUUUGUUGUUGUUGACGACCAUGUUUGUUCUGUAUUAGGGGAUGUGGUGGUACCCCUAGGUGCGGAUUUUCGCCGGGCCAGCUACCUGCGACCUCUCUCACCUCCGGUCUUCUUGAAUUGGUCAUGAGAAGUGAUCUAGGUGGGGGAAAAGGACGAGGAGGAGGUCGAGGAGGGGAGAUUGCGAUAGAUUUUGUGAAUUUCUAUUAUUACUACAAACUACUUCACACACAAGUCAUCGUCCCUACUCUCACGCUACUGUGCAGAACAUAGUGGACAUCGUUGAAACCGACAGUAGAACUGCAAUGUGUGCGUGUAUAUAACGUGUCCUCAAAACGGGCCCCUCGGUAGAUCCGUUGGACCCACGCGGGGACCAUAUCGGAUUCUGCCAGGCGUUAUCGGAAUGUACACCGUAAAAUGUGCCAACUUCGGGGUACGGCGGCAGCCCCAGCAGCCGGCAGAUGUCCCGCACACUGACACCACUGCCGUCCUCCCAUUUCUGUUGUUGAUUAGAAUCCUGGUCAUAUAUUGUGUAGACCAGGGGGCGGGGAGUGGGACUCCAAGGUGCGGACUCGACCGCGCCAUACAACUGCGUCCCUACCCGUCUCCGUCCUUCUUGAAUUUGUCUUGAAACCUGCCCCAGGUAAUGGGGGAGGGAGAGAGAGGGAGCGGUAGAUGCUGUGCAAAUUAACUAUCAUUAUAAACUAACUUACGCACAAGGUACCAUGCCUACUCCCACCUCACUGCGGAGUACACGGUGGGCAUCGUUGGAUUCAACAGUCCUACUGUCGCGUGUGCGAGUGGUGCGUAAGUGGCUUAAAGAAGCCACGUUGGCCGCAAUAGUCACUGUCGGACGGGCUGCUGAUGUGUAGAAACGGGCGAGCAAGACGACGUGGAUACUGAGAUGCCUCUCCCUGCGGCAUAUCUGCUCUACCUUCACCAGAGUAUGCGUGACGCGCUUAAAGGUAUCAUUACCCAAUAGUAGUCGUGUCUGAGAGAGCCUUCAGUUGAAGAAUAUACUCGGGCCUACUUCGGACUAAGAAUUAUGCUAAGAAAGUUCCUCGUAAGUUAUUUAAAGCCUUGUAAGAGAAAAAGGUGUGCUAAAAAUUCAGUUUACAGAGCCCAAGAUGUUUUUUUGUGAUUUUACCCUCCCAGUAGAACUUUGAACAACUGUUCUGCGACGUUGUCACCUGUUGAUGUGACUGCACCUAAUCUGCCUGCCGUCAAAACGGGUCACGUGGGAGAUGCGUGGAAGGAGCACGAGACCCAUUUGAGGGAACAAAAUCUGCGCAUUCCAAAACAAAUACAAUACUUGCGGGAGUGUAGCGGCACGCAACGGAGCGGGUUCACUCAGGUGAUACCAAUGUGCAGCCACCAACCUUUAAUUGGACUUACUAAUGGGAUUUUUUUAUGGAAUAAUACUUUAAGUCAUAAAUGAGAGUGGCUAGCCCACUGGAAUUUAGCGCAUAGCUGCCCCUGACACGAGUCUGGCUGAAAGUUGUCUGCUUCUCUCGGUGAAAUCUCUGGGAUAGCCAUUGGCUGAAAAUAGGUUCUGAAGGUACAAUCUUUCGGCUCCAUUAUCUUCUGGCGUGCAGCAGUGUGUUUCGACUCCUUGGAAUAGAGUGCGGACACAGCUACGUUUAGGAAACAGAGGAUGGUUGCUGUUGAAGUUUAGGAGCUGUCUUGUGUCGGGAGCACAUCCGACGGCCAAAUGAACAGCAACCCGAAGUCUGGAGGGCCAUUCCCUACGCUAAAGGGAUAUCUGAAGCGGUCUGUUGACUGUGACAACCUGCCGGGGUAGGUGUAGCUCAUGGACCCCAGGCCACGAUUCGACGCCAUCUGGUGCGACCUUAGGACCCAUUACCGCCUGCUGAAACCUCAACAGUCAUCUGCAAAGUAAAUUGCGAUGAGGGCGACUGCAACUAUGUGGGAGAAACCGGGCGGAAAUUGCAGUCUCGCCUACAAGAGCACAAAUCGGUCAUUCGGAGGUUAGACCCUAACUCUCAACUAGCGAAACACGUUGUAGAAACUGGGCAUCUCAAAAGAGCUACCAUCCUAGGCCGGGGCAACACAAAAGCCGAACGGCUAAUUCUCGAGGUGUGUUACUGCGGUUUUCACUCCAUCAACAGGCAUCUGGACCUUCCUGCAGCUUAAAAAGCCCUACGUUAUCACAAUCGUAGAGCUUGGGACCAAACAUCCACACCAGACUAAAUAAGGCCAUACGUAGGCAGCCCGACGGCGAGUGUGCUCGGUUAGGAAGAACAAGAACCUCCAGUCCGACCACUCGACCACCCGACAAAGGAUCAAUCACCUCCCCCCGUCGGAAUGGUGACUCACAAAGCACGUCAACCAUCCCCCGGGAGGCCAAAGUAGCGAGAAGAGAGAAAAAUUGAUCAUCAUGAGGCCGACCAACACAAAACGCCACUUGCAAUUUCUGGUGGAUUAAGUGCAUUUUACUCUUUGACAAUGGAGUGCCGGCCAAACUCUUCGAAGCUUCAGCUUUUAAAUAAACCCGUUCAUUUGAGCACAUUUUCCUCAAAGCAUCAGCCCGGACCUUUCAACUUUGCCAAUCUGAACAGUUGAUGAUUUGACAGCAUUUGUGAGUCACAUGAACAACAUGCCGCUGAUUCAAAGGAACAUCCCCAGUGACACAAGCGACUAGGACUACAGUUCUGGCUAAUUCCAAUUCAUGAGCUGGCCUUCCCCCCAAUCUCAGGUUUUGGUAAACUGUGGUUCGGAUCCCAAGCAAUAUAGCCGGCAGCUUUCAAGUCCAAUUACCUUCUGAAAUCGAGGGAUUUGUCAUCCUGUCUCUUCUGUUCGGGAGUAAAUAAUUGGCAUAGGAAGGUUAUUCAUCGAUCUAACUAUGGCAGAGUGCGAUGUCAGUGUAUUCUCGUCCUGGGUUUGGGAAGUGGGAGCCUGAAAACAGUGUAUAAAUAAAAAUUGCUUAACUUAAGCUUAUUCGGCCUUCUUGGUAUUAAUCCCGUGAGAUCGAGGCAGUUCUAUCAAGUCUUUUUUAAAGUAUAUUGUAUUCGUGAUCCAAAGCAUCCUUCUCAGACACACAACUGGGUUUACUUAAUAUAUAAAGGGUAGAAAUGAAUUAUGUGGCCGUCUAAACACGACACAAGAACAGGAACUGCCAUCAAUUUGGGCGAUUUGGAGUCAAAUUCCAGAGAAGGUACGUUAGGUUUAAGAUUACGUUCAGGGCUGAAUAUAGAGUUAAUAGCAAGUUAAGUCAGAAUCAGAUUUGGGGUUAAAGUAGCGGUUAAUUUUAAAUGCAGAGUUAAGGUUUAGGUAGGCCUGGGGUUAGGAUUUGGGCAACUGUUUGGUUUUAUAUUAGGGUUAUUUUUGGGGUUGGAGCACGGGAAUAUUUAACCCUUUCUAGAAUUUUGCGCGGGUCCAACUUUGUUAAACCGGGCGCGACGUUCCUAUUCGCAUGUCCUGUUUGGGGGUCACAUAAGCCAGUUCCGCCAUAUAAAGAUUACUGUCUGCCGGUGCAUAUCAGCGAAAUGCACUUGGAGAUCUCGUGAAGUUAUUGCAUACGCGGUACGAAGUCUCUGUUUCGUCUGCUUUGAAUGUUUCUCGCCAUGUAAAGGCCACCGAGGACUGUGGAUGUGAUUUAUGAUCCUCGGAAGAAUGCAGCCGAUCCUGUCGCAACAGUUAUUUUGGCUCUGCUUACUUGAGCUGACAACGGUUACACUAGCAGUACUGGGUCCCUUAUUAUGCCUAAUGGCUCCUAACAGAAAUAUUUUGUGCUUGAUCACGAUUUCCAGCCAAAAGAUAGAAAAAAUUAGAAGUAAAAAAUUGAGGGGAAUUUUUACCAAAGUUAUUCAUCAAGGGACUUCAUCUACAAAUUGUUGGAUGUUUUCAGUUUUAUGGUGGAAGCAUAUCACGGUAAUUAGAUGUCAGUUCUGGAAUGUUACAAAUAGCCAAUCACCAAAUCACAAUUUUCGGAAUUCCCAAGUCAAAAUCAGUUUCCUGUACUUUCAACACAUCUGCUUUUUCUACGCAAAUAGGCCUUCUUCAAAUACACCCACUCCAAAUGAGAAAUGCAAUUUAUCUGUCAGCAUGUAGAUCAUAAUUCCCGCCUCCGCCUCUCCUCGCAUGUCGGUACAGCUUUCUCCCGCGAUUACUCUGUUUGUUGACUGUUUUUCACGGUUAACCGCCCUACCGCGACUCAUAUCAUUCCAUAGGCACGACGAUAGACAAUCAAAUAGGUGCGUUCGCCAACUGCGAUCCUUGAAUGUUUACCCGAUCAUCAGUACGCGAGUACUAUCUACUUAUGCGGUAAAAUCCGAGUUGUUGUCUGGAGCCGGUAUACCACGCCCAUGGCAAGUUAAGGAUGCACAGGACAUCUGCGCACUCGCUGUUCUGAAGGGAUUAAAUGGCGCACUCAACCAAUGAGGUAGCAAGGUCGGCUGGGUGUGACUUAAUAAGUAGGACUGAUUUGAAUUUUAGUGGGAGUUUUGUUUGACCUGCACAAAGUAAAAUCUCCCAACUAUCUGAAGUCAAAUUUGGAGGCUUGCGACCAACUCAAAGAACUCAUCAUGACCCACUGCAGAUGCUGUAAGUUUGCCUUGAUUCUUAAUCUUACCUUUGAAUAAUCGUAAAACCUUAUGAGUUCGGUUAUAUUUUGAUCUAUGGUGGUCCAAGAAAAAUGGCCUAUUUGCAUACGCUGAGGAGCGUUUAUUCAACCAAAAGAAAAUUCUGCACGGUCUUGCGGAUGAAAAAUCUUAAAAGUAAGAAGCAAAAGGACGGUCCGCGAUAAGUUUGCAAAAUAUAGUAUGACGCACCAAACAACUGGUGUUUCCUCUUGGCAUGAAACAGCUAGUUCCCACAUAACUAGUUUAAUGCAGCAAAUUCCAGUGGUGUUAGUGGCGAAGUAGUCAAAAUGCUGCUGAUUUGCAAAGACUUUUGUAGCCUACUCCCAAGAUGUUUCAGUCGUGGCAAGAUGCAAGCUUUAGAAUUAGCCUGUGCUCGGUUGCUUGCAGAAACUUUGUCCGUCUAAAAGUGGCAACAUGCGUAUUGUAGUUGAUUUCCAUUUUUUCAAUACUCGUGUGUAGUAUCACACACCUUUUGAAAAUAUGCACGCAAAUCUUGCAACCUAUAGGCAGAAUAGUAUUACCGAAAGAGACAAGGGAGACUGUAUUGACCAUUUCUGGCUUAUUAGCCGUCGUCAGCUAGCCGUACCCAACCCCGAAGUGCGAAGCACCUGGGGCUCGAACUCGCGACCUGUUACUUAGAAGUCUAACGCCUCUAACCACCGAGCCACGAGCUCGUUGUCCUUUUGGUUUCGAUUGGAAAUAUACAGUGGUAGAGGGGCACUUGCCGAUCGUUUUUACGAAACUCACUUGUUCCAUUGUGCCUUACAGGCUCUCUCUCGAACCCAACCAACGGUCACACAAUGGCGCAUGGUAUAGGCAGAAUAGCAUUCCGGUCCCAUUGUCUUUGUCAGUAAUGUCAGUCUGCUUAUAUCACACGUCGCUAUACGGCUACUGGUUGGGCACGAGAGAGAGCCCAAAGGCACAACGGGACGAGUGGGUUCCUUAAAAAUGUUCUGCGAACGCCACUCUACUUUUGUUACUUAUGGUAGUAUAUUAACUCACCCUGAAUUAUUUUACUUGUCUCCUACAGAAAUCCUUCUUAACUCUCGAACCUUUUUGAAUCUGUGUGCAAUUAAAUUUGCGUCGAGGGUUUGCAAACUGCAUGUUUGCGUUUUGCAUGCUUUUAAGAUCAGGACAUUUAGAACUCAUCAAACUGUACAGUUCAUGUGGACCAUGUAGCAUAUUUCAUAAGCUCCGAGACAUUCCAGUCGUUUACUGGGAGCGCCGGCAGACUUUAAAGGUACCGCCUGGCAGUUUUUAUGGCCACCUCAUGACUUGGAGGAUCAUAUACCAUUUACGUAUUUUUAAAAACAGUAUUUACCCCACUGUGACAAGAAGGCUGCUGUACCUGGAGAAAGACAAUAAUAGCGCCGUCUAUGGUUAUGGUAGGGGACGCCCACCGAUCGUUCAUACGGAACUCACUCGUUCCGUUGUGCCUUAAGGGCUCCCUAUCUCGAGCCCAACCAGCAUCCGCACAACGGUGCAUGAUAAAUAGGCAGAAUGGUAUUACCGACAAAGACAAGGGAGACUGGAAUGGCCAUUUCUGGCCUAUUAGCCGUCGUCAGCCAGCCAUACCUAAGCCCUAAGUGUGGAACACCCGAGCCUCGAACUCGCGACCUGUUGGUUUAGAAGUCCACGCCUCUUCCCACCGUGCCACGAGCCCGUUGCUCUGUCGGUUUUUGAUCGGGAAUACACAAUGGUAGGGGGCGCUCACCGAUCGUUCAUACGGAACUCACUCGUUCCGUUGUGCCUUAAGGGCUCUCUCUCGAGCCCAACCAGUAGCCGCACAGCGGCGCAUGAUAUAUACUCAGAAUGGCACCGUCUAUCCUUCAUAUCCGGUCUUCUGAUCUUCCAUAUAUAAUUUGUGGCCUAAAAACAAAUAAGACCGUGAUCGGUGGCUUGGACUUAAAUGGAAUUACAUGAAAACACUUUUCUUCUAUUUUACGUACCUAAACGCGCGAUCGGGCAUGUUGCCUAGCAAGGGCCUGACAUACUUGCAAGCAAGCUUUGCCUAUUCCAGUUAAACCCCGUUUCGUCGCUGACCCUGUCUUUUAUCCAUCCGUCCCGAAACACUAGCAGGGAUGCGCACAGCUCAGAUUUACUUCAUAUCCACCCUUUUCUACGUCCACUUCAUCUUUACCAGGAGUCAACAGUUCAAUAGUACGCUUUGACCGUUCUUCCAGCGUCUUAAUGCCAAGGGCGACUCCCCUGAACUGCAGUUUUAUUUGGAUUUUAAGGUGCAAACGAACUUACAUUGAUUGAUUAGGCAGGACAAGGAUAAAGGCUUUUGGCGUGACCUCUGUUGUCGGUUUGUGGAGGAAUUGUGCCGUACCCCUAAUUUGUUUUCAAAUACUACAGUACGCCUCCACUUUUUUUCGAGACCUUAAAUUAGCCUUCAGAGUGAUUGUCUGUACGCGAUCAGCCUAAGAAGCCUAAAAACCGCGAAGAAUGAUUUAGGCACUAACAGCGGAAGAAGGCAGGUCGGUUGGUGUCGUUUUAAGUAGACUUUGCUACUCACUGCCUGCGAAGACGGUAGGCUGUCUCAAGGUUAUGUGGAAGCAGCCGUCAGGUAGCCUAGUCGAUAAACCCCAUUCCUGUUUUAGUGCACAUUAGUAGUAACAUUCAGUGGAAAAACGGAAGACUUGCUCAAUGGUAGAGCGUUAGACUCAUUUUUUCUGUCAGUUUUAUGUAUUAACUAUCAAGGUUGCUGCGGUGCAUCUGCGUUUAUGAAAGAAAACGGGCAACCUUCCCUUCUGACUAAUUAGUAACAGUUAAUGUGAUUGUAAGAAGCCAACAAAUGUUUGCUGACUAGAAAUGGCUGCUUAGUGUAACCAAUGUGGAAAAAUGAUGAAUUUGCUUCUUCAGAAUAAUUACGCUACUGACUCACGCAUGUACACUCCGCCUUAGUAAACAAUACUCUCAGGUAACCUAUAACCCAAAACUACGCAUUUCCCAACCCUGCACCAAGUAAUAUUCCACUUUAAAAUUCGUUGUUUCGUCAAAAUAGACUGCGUCACGAAUGCUUUUUUGACGCAUGGCUUUUGGGCAAACCUUAGUUUAUAAUAUUUCAAAAACUUAAAGCAUGUCUGUCGUAAGGUACCUUUCAAAAAUGGUGCGGCUUCGCGACCUGGUAACCUUAGUUCCUCUUCGUUCUGUUUCACCACUAUACCGCUUACAUUUCCUGCGUGACUAAGAAGAUUAUUUGUGGUGCCACAUGCAAGAGCUCAUUUUCUGUAUAAAAAGGUUUUUGCGGCCAUAUCAUACGCCUGCGUUUUUGACAUCAAUAAACUCUUUUUUCUAUGUUACAGACAAUGAAUACUACCACAAGUUACGAAUGAGAUGAAGUCAUUGGCUUUUGCUCUGACUCUUUGUUUGGCCUAAAUACUCAUCUUUUUCAUGGGCUCAUGUUAUGCACUUCUCGACUACCUUGCUUUAAUUUGUUUACUAUUUCGUUUGUGUUGGUUGCUUAAAUUAUGGAUGAAAUUAUAAGGCAUCUUUCUUAGGAUUCGCACGCUGUUUGCAGAUGAAAACUGUUUAACUAAAUUCACAUAGCAGUGUGGAAAUGUCUCUUCCACAAUCACUCCCAUUCACUCCUUAGUCCAUGCUCAGGGAACGGUAGGACGUAGGACCCUAGCUAACUUAAGACAAUCUGCGGACCGUGUCAUACGGGAAUUUCGGUAGCGGGGGUUUUACAAGUGAGGCAAAAAAAGCAGAACGGAGGGUAGGCAGGAGGCGAGAAAACACAGAAAAUAAUUAAACUUAUAUCACAAUCUUAUCUUACGCUGUCCUAUGGCAACGAAAGUGAGCGCGAUAAUUUAAAAAAAAGUGAGCAAAAAGGAAGUUUUCGAAAAUAAACGAAAAUUUAAAUUAUUGCGACUGGUAAGUUUUCAUUCAGUCAGAGAUCCAAGAAAAGGUUACGGCAGAGUUUAGGAUCUCAUAUAGCUGCCGUAUACAAAACAGUCCACAGGCUACCUCAAGUUAGUUUGGGUCUAACACCCCGGCUUUGGCCAUUUCCAAUUUAGUGUGUUGGGUGGUAUGUUUUGUUUGUGAGGAAAAGAAACAAAGUUCAUUUCGGUGGGUCUAGCUCUGUCUAUAGUUUAGGAGUACAUCUUCAAAUCGGUGGCUGCAGUGCGACAUCGGCACAACUUGGCAGUUUGUAAGUCCGUCUAAGGAAGAACAGGAAGCUCAGUUAGAAUGAGCUUAUCGCCAAUCACUUGUCCCACUGUAACAGUAGUAUGUGGUGGGGCUGAAGUCGAUGUCGACAAUCAGGAAAAUUAGAAGGAGGAGGAGGAGGAGGAGGAGGAGGAGGAGGAGAAGGAGGGGGGAGGAGGCACAACCCCGUGACCGCAAGAAUCCGUACUUAAGUGCGCUUAAUUUUGGGUUCUCGUUGUUAGUAGUGCAUUUCAAUUCUGGCGAAAACACAAUUCAAAAAUCGAGAAGACAUCAAUGUUUUGGGCUUGAUCUGUCAGCGUCCAUCUCCUUCCGUUAUCGUAUGGUAAAAAAGACACCUGCUAGUCAAAUGAUGGUUAGUGAUUACGGACAACAGUCUCUAUAGGACGCCAAGAAGUCCACAAUUUAAUAUGAACACAGCACUUCGCUCUUGCGUCUAUUCCACUGUUACGCUGGACUACCAACGUAGCACCCCUGUAGUUUCCCUGAAAGUAUUGGUAUGUGCUUCCCUGAUAAUAUGUUAGCCAGACUCUUACUUGACUCUUUGACUUGACGGAUAAUGCUCCCGCCCACAAGUCUCAUUAGGCCUCUACGGACGUAGCUAUUUAAAACGAGCAUAGCCUUUCACUUCUAUAGACAGCUGUUGCACUGGGCUAUGAAAGCAGUUCCCCAUAGUUCCCGCGGAAUAUUUAAAGGAUGCACAUACGCAUUCGGAUCACGAAAGUGUCUUUCAGUGUUUGCCUAAAAUGCAGAGGAAUAUGUGCUGAAUGCUUGCGCAUAGACGCGGAUAUGGCAUACGUUAGACGUCAAAUUAUGCUCAGACCUAGUCAGUCAAGCUUUCCACCUAUUGAUGCAGUUUCAGGCGGUGGAUCCGGCUUGAGAUAGCCCUGAGGCUAAUGGAAAGUUUGCGACGCUUACCGUCCUCGCCUAUAUGAAGCACCGAACUUAGGUUAUGUCGCUCUGUUUGACUGAGCGCAUGAUCAGUGACCAUUUUCAUGUUGAAUUGGCAACAGUGAGUUGUCCUGCUACUUUUAAAGGCAUUAACUCAUCGCGUGGAUUCGCCAAUAAUUUAUUUCUCCGGUAAACUCAGGCCCACGGCGAAGAUCCUCAGGGCUGAUAGAUUACUGAUCUGCGCAUCGCUAGUGAGAAAAUCAAUAAAUUUGCAGUACCAUAGCACAGGUUAAUAUUGGGUGUUGCCCAGAAACCCAGUGGAGUACACUUCAGGGAAUGCAAUACUUAGGAAUACCGAACUAGCCUGCCCCUUCUUUCCUUCCUUGAUAGUUGGGUUAUUCUAGUAGCGGUGACACAGCGCCAUCUAAUUAACCAUCUUCGACAGCCCUAUAUUGUGGUUGGCACUGGAAAUAUCUCGACAAGCUCAGCAUGCUAAAAACGGACUUUUAUGAAAACAACCUUGUAUGACCUUCAAUGUCUAGUCGGCUUAGUGUUUUGUUGGAUUCUGUUGAAAACAUUCAGAUCAAAGGGCUUGAUCGCAAUGCUGCACAAUGAAGAACUAAAAUGCUCCACAUUUAUUUUGCUCGAAUAUUAUUCUGCAACUGCAUCUCACAAUUCUCGUUUAUGGCUUUGCGAAAUUCUGUUUGUGAAUGCAUACGACGGCGUCAUGUCUACAUAUUAAUUUGUUUCAGCCGACAGCGAUUGGCUGUAUCAACACCUGGUCUACGCAGAUGGAAGUAGCGCUACUCGAAGACGUGAUGACUAUCACCAGUUACAGUACUUCGAAAACUGCUACUGUUUGCAGACUGGUACGCUUUUGGUUAUUUUUAAACAACGCAUUCUCAUAGAUUCCUGCACGCACAUAUAUAUAUAUAUAUAUGCAUUUCAAGUGGGCGUUUGACCCUCACUGUUGUGGUUAGGAUCUCACUCGAUCCCAUUCUGUCCACCCGACAGCUUGCCACUGGCGACAACGAACGCUGUGUCAUAGGACACAUACCACAUAUAAUACAUGAGCAGCUCGCUAAGACUGUAACAAACCAGACGCAGACAGCUGUUUCACGGUCGUUAUCGAUCAUCAGUACGUCAUAGGCCUUAUGAAGUGAGGUAUAUAAGCAUAUAUAUAUAUCGAGAGAGGAAUAUAUUUAAAACUGAACAUGCUAAGAGAGUUAAACGGAAGUGCGCCCAAUCCUGCAACACAUAUAUGUAUAUAGUAAGCGUGUCAUCUCCUGAAACGUUAACCGAAAUUCUAAAAUAUGUUUUCGGUCCGAGAACAUUACUUUAGUAGGGUCGUUAUAUCCGUUAAAGUGCAGCAAAAUCCCAAGAUAUUUCAGUCACAACAGUAUGCCUGCUUUUGAAUAAGCUUCCUUCCGACUGUCUACGAAAACUACACUUUGUAAGAAAUGACUACUUAUGCAUUAUGAAAUUUUCCCAUUCAUUUUCGAUGCCCUUAUAAAUUUUACCAUAUUUCAUAGAAGACGUCACAACAAUUCUUUUUUUUUCUACUAAUUUGUUAGCAGAGCGCGACUUCGCCAAAUUUUCUACUUGAAGAGAAAACAGCUUGUAGUUUUAAAAAGAGGUCUAAUUAUGAGAUUUUAAAGACCGUGAGGUGGUUAUUCAUAGAACAUCGCAUCGGCACUUUGUUGAUACUACUUCUAAAGCUUACACUCUGGUCCACACCCAUAACACAAUUUUAUGAAUGCCACAUGACGUUUACUUAACAGUGUAGAGAAAUGUGUAAUAUUCCUUUCACGGGACAUACAUUGUGCGGUUCGAAAACCUUGAAUGCAAACGUAACAGCAGGUAGGCAAAAAUCAUUCUGUAAUUGGAAAAAAGCUUGUAAAAAUCGAAAGAUGCUCUAUCUUUGAUUAGAGGGAUUUGGAGAAAACGCAAUUUACUGCCAAAUUAGUACAAGAGAGGAUAUUUUUGUGCGCGUUUUGUAUAAAAUAUAUUUGAAUUUUUAAGGGUAGUGACGUUUAACGGGAAUACUUCGUGCUACACAAGCAGUCGUUUUUUACGAAAUUCGGCUUUUCUGACGGCCAAAAGAUGCUCAUUCCAAAAGUCAAUUUCCGGGCAAUAUGGAAAUAUCUUAGGACUAUGCUGCACGAUAACCGAUAUUACAACCGCACCUAAGCAACUUUUUCAAAUCUCAGUUAACAUUGUGUAACAUAGCACAUCUAAUGUAUGUGUGGGUGGGAAGGGUGACAGGGACGAGGGAAACUGGAAUGAUCAUGUAUGGUCAGUUGUUCAUAGCCAGUCGGGUUUACUUAACCACCCGUCCGCCGCACUUUUGCCUCGACUCCACGAUGUUCAGUUAUCGAGUGUUACUAAGUCCUAGGUUCGGGCAAUUGAGCUACUGGUUCGCGACAGUCUCGUUGAACGGAUCAGGCAAUGACCAAACUACACGGCUUCGAGCCUCGAGUGCGGUGAAUCCAGGCUCGGGCAAGGCAGACAGACGACGGCUUACGAGGCGGAAACGAUUGUUUCACUUCCCCUUCUAUUUCUUGCUUGCCCUUUCUCCUCAUAUAAUACAAGUCGCUAGGCGGCUCGCCUGUAACGGUGCUAUACUGAAUUUUAAGACACAAAGGGACAAGCAGGUCACGUAAUCCCAUCUUGAAACGUCCUUCCAACAUAGUUAAUAGGCUAGAUUGCAGCCAACAGGAUAAGGAGCUCAUGGCUCCAUUGGUACAGCACUGACACUAAUCCUGCACUGUGUCCCACAAGCGAUUUCGAGACUGACGUUUAUUUGUUUUUCUUUUGCUUCAGACAACAGCGACUGGCUAAAUCAACACCUGGUCAUCGCGCAUCGACGCAGUGCCGCUCGCAGACAUACUGACGGUACCCACUUACCGAGCCCUUUCAACUUCUACUGUUGUCGAACUAUUGCUUUUAUGUUGAUAUUCAAACUGAUACGUUUGCACAGAUUCAUAUAACCACAUUCACAUGCAUUAAAAGUGGAGAUCCUAAGACUUUUAAUCGGAAAUUGACCAAGUUCGUAGAGGUAUUCAUGCUGAUGGUGUAUCAAUGAGGAGAGGGAGGAGUGGAAUGACCAGUUCUGCCUUUUUGGCCGUCGCCAGCUCGCCUUACCCAAACCCACAUCGGCCGCAGCCCAGCAUCAGACUUGCGUUACUCAGUUGCUGGGCCGCAGGCGCGUUGAACGACUCACUAAACUGACUCACAGAUAGCCAAAGGACGGCCUUCAAGGCUUAGACACAGCAAAUAUAGGUUUGGGCAAACUUAACCGAAGAUGACUUGAGGACCAGAAAUAGUCACCUCUCUCUCCUUCUUGCCUUUGUCCGCACUCACCUUCGCAUAUAUUAAUACUCACCGCGCGACUGGGUGAAAGAUCUUAACAUUUAGCACAACUGAACAAGCAGGUGCCAUAAUCCUGUAGGUGAAAACCCUGGCACUAUAGUUAAGAUCUUAGCCUUACGACGUCAGAACAGCGAGCUGUUGGCAUGCAGGAUGCGAACCGCCCUUUUCGUUUCUUAGAAGACCGGUCCACUUACUAAAGUCCGAUAACCAAGAACGCCUGUUCUCCGCCUCAUGUUUAUUCAUGAUUUAUUUCAGACAACGGCGAUUGGAUAAAUGGACACUUGGUCUUCGCGGAUCGAUGCAGCGCCGCACGCAGACGCCUCCAAAACGAUUCUCAGAUGCCGUGUCCAGCCCAAGGCGACUAA